AUGCACUUCUUCAGGAGUUACUCCUACGAGAUCCAAGUGGAGCAAAGAAAUGACGAUCUUCCCAGCAGCAUUCAAGGAAUCAGAUGGGUAAUUAUGUGUUCAUUGUAUUUUAAGCCUUAAACCAGGGAAUAAAAAAACAUCAAGAUGCACAGGAUGCAUAGAACUAUAUUGGUUUGGGAUACAUGCCAAAGGCUUUGUGAAGGAAAGAGGGAGUCUGGGAUAGAAAAUAAAUUGGUAUUUUUGGGCAGUUGUUGCCAAAGUAGUAUUAUCACCUCUUUAUAAACAGACACAAAUAUAUAUGAUAAUUCAUUAAGGAAAAAAAUGUUUCCAAAACAAAGACAUAAACAACUGACAUUGUACGCUUAUAUUUAAUAAUUUGCUCAUUAAACAUUAUAUCAGUACAUUUCCCUUAUUUCUGCAUUCAAAAUAGUAGAAAUGAUUGCCAUGCUACAUUAGAUCCCUGGUGGACUUAUAAAAUAUUCCUGCUGAAUGUUGGUUAGUGUGUCCCUGUGUAUGUCCAUAUCUGUAGCAGGUUAAAUGGUUCAUCUGUUCAGACAGUGUAACUGCAACAUAUAAUGCCCUUGUCUCACAUAGGUUAACAGUUAUUUAUGUAGGUUAUGGUACAAUGUAUCUGUGCAAUCUAUUACCUUAUCUACCUGGAAAGUGAACGUUUUCUUCCUCUGUGCAUUAACAGAUUUCAAAUGGCUUUGGUGCAAAGUUGUCUGACGCAAUUUACAUGAAUAUGUUUCCCAUCCUAUAAAAUAUUAAAUAUAUCAAUAAACAUAUCAGUAUUGCGAAGCCUUCCCCAUUUCCUUUCUUUCACCAUACAGAGUAUAAGAUUCCAUUAUCUCUUCUUGUAACGCUCAAUAUGUUUGUUGAACUAUAUACGUGCUAAAAAUCUGUAGGUUGUGUUUUGUUUUAUCAUUGAUUUAGUAGAUUCUAAUCCCAAGUAGCUAUGUGCAAUGCAGCCCCUAUAUUAUAAACAUAUAAAUAACACUGCUUUAAUAUUUGGGUAACUGACCUGUAGCUGUAGUUCCAAACCUGGCUUUUAGAUUGUAAGCUCCUUUGGGCAGGGUCCUAUUCAUCUACUGUUCCAGUAUGUCAAUCAUGUUUUGUUAGAAUUAAGUCUUUGCCUUGUUUACUUGUACUGUGCUACUGAAUAUGUUGGUUCUAUAUAAAUAAUUGUAAUUAUCUAAAUAGCCAUUAACCAUGCCCAUAUAUGUGGACAUUAUUUAUUUGCUGUUUUUGUCUUUGUUAAUUUCUUUGCUCUUUUUAUUAAUGUAGAUAAUUGAUUGUGUGCUCACCAGAAAUAUAUCUGUAAGGACCCACUUCCCACUGGAGGUACUUGUUAAAAUACUCUGCUCUAGCAAUUGGCUUUUCAUACCAUACAAACAUUAGCAUUGAGGGGCUGUGCCUGACGAAGCACAUGUUAACUUGCUCCCUGGCCCCACUAGACCUCCACGGUACAUGGAAUAGGUCAGUUGCGGCUAGCCAUGGUCUUGCAGUAUUGGGAAUUACAUUACCUAUGGGGAAUACAGUACCCAACAGCCAUUGAUGGGAUAGGAUGGGAAAAGGUGGUUACUGGGACAGCAGCCAAUUGUUUUGAUAUUUAACGUUACUGCCACUUUCUCCCACUUUCUGAUACUAUCUUGUUCCAAAUGAUCCAUUAAGUUAUGCAUCGCUACCCUGCAUGGGAGUGAGAACAUUCCAUUGCAAAAUAAAUAAAUACAUGCCAUUGCCUUCCUUUCCAAGAAAAAAAUGUACAGCAUGUAUUUCCUAACCAACAGGGACAUGGCACAGAACUUGUUGUAAAGUUAGUCAUCUGGAGGUUCAUUGAGAUGGACAAAAUGAGACCAUGUAAACACAGUAUUACUUGACCCAUUACACGAUAAAGAAUUUCUUUCAAAUACUUGUUUUCCUACGCUAUCCACAUCAUUUGUCAUCAUUUAUGUUGAAUUUGUCUUUAUGACUUGUUCAGGUCUGAGUUUAUUUCUGCCCAGGGUAUGUGAUGGUCAGUCUUUAUAUUUGUCCAGAUUAUGUGAUGGUCAGUCUCUAUAUUUGACCAGAUUAUGUGAUGGUCAGUCUUUAUAUUUGAUUAGAUUAUUUGAUGGUCAGUCUUUAUAUUUGACCAGAUUAUGUGAUGGUCAGUCUUUAUAUUUGACCAGAUUAUGUGAUGGUCAGUCUUUAUAUUUGACCAGAUUAUGUGAUGGUCAGUCUUUAUGUUUGAUUAUGGUCAGUCUUUAUAUUUGACCAGAUUAUGUGAUGGUCAGUCUUUAUAUUUGACCAGAUUAUGUGAUGGUCAGUCUUUAUAUUUGACCAGAUUAUGUGAUGGUCAGUCUUUAUGUUUGACCAGAUUAUGUGAUGGUCAGUCUUUAUGUUUGACCAGAUUAUGUGAUGAUCAGUCUUUAUAUUUGACCAGAUUAUGUGAUGGUCAGUCUUUAUAUUUGACCAGAUUAUGUGAUGAUCAGAGAAAGGUAGGAUAUUGAAUAUAUACAUAUCCUACCUUUUCCAGGUGGUUAUAUUUAUUUUUAUACAUGUUGUUUUGCCACUUUUUUUGUAUUUUAUUUGCUAUUUGGUAUGUGUGAGGGACACACACACCAUAUACGUAUUUAUUUAUUUAUUUGUUUGUUCUUAUUAGUAUGUAUAUCAUUUUGCUGUUACAUUCUUUAUGUGAUGAUCAGCCUUUAUUUUUGCAGAAGGUACAGAAACAGGGUAUGGUGUCGUCAUUUUUUAUUUCUGCAAAUAGUGUAUGAUGCUGAGUAUUUUUUUUUUUUGCACAGAUUAUGUUAUGUUGAGUGUUUGUUUCUGCUCUGUGCAUGUGGCAAAACAUAAACAAAGACAAAGACCCUUAUUGGGUCGAAACAUUGUCAGGUCCAUGUUCGAGUGGAAUAAAAAACACAUUUCUUGAAAACGUAACCUUGCAUUGCGGCUAUCUUCAUUUCUGUAUAUUCCUUGAGGAACUGAGGACUUAAUCCAGGACUCUGGGUUAAUGCACCCUGGAUAAUGGAAUCUGAAUGAUAUUGAUGCUGUGGACUACAUCUGCCAAAAUGCUCUCACACCCAUAAAGAUGGCAAAGUAUUAGGAGAGAUGUAUUCCACAACAUCCGGAGUGGCGAAGGUUGCAUACUUCAGCAACAGGUGAUGGCCAGUCAGUGUUCAUGGGAUGGCAGUAACAAUAUGGUGUCAGCCUGCAAGUGAACCUUUGUCUGGAGAGUGUGUGCAUACGCGCACAUCAUUGUGUGAGGAGUUUUAUUAGUGUUAUUCAUCUAUUGUAUCUGGGUAGAAUGACUUGUGUGUGUGUGUGUGUGUGUGUGUAUGGGCGAGACAGAUUUAUUUGUGGUAUGUGAGGACAGUGCCUAGUUUAGCCAGAAUGAACCAUGGCUUGCUUGGAGAGUAAAAACUAUUAGUACAUGCAUGUAAGUAGUACCUGUAGUUUGUGUGUGAUGGAGAAGGGUGCAUCAGUGCUAUGUGUCUCCCAUGACUGUGUGAGAAUUGUGCAUUUGUGGUGUUUGUGAGGUUAGUAAUUAUGUGUAGAGACUUAAUCAAGUAAGGACAUCAUUGAUGUGUUUGUAUUUUUGCUCCGUACAGUGGGAUCUGUACGCAUUUGUAUAACGAUUGUCUGAGGGUGUCGAGUGGGUCUGUAUGUCAGUGUGCGAACCUUGUGUCUAUAAGGAGAGUGCACUUGUGGAAUUGAUGAUGAGUCCAGAAAGCAAAUCUGUGUGAAGGGAGGAGCUCUGUGAUGACUGUGAGGGAAUGACACAUCAUGUCUCAAUGAACAUGGUAUCAGAGGUGUCUGUUGUGUACCUUCUGAGUAGAAAAAACACUGUUCAUUUAGUGCAAAACAAAUAAAUUUUUAUUCUCUAUGAAAAAAAAGAUUUUACUGAGUGAAAAAAAUGAGAUGUUAUGUCUAUGUGUAGAAAAUGAGUGAAAGCACAGUGAAUCUCAGGCGCCUAUAAGAGAGAGAUUCUUACGUGGGCCUGUGAGCCUAGUUGUGAUUUUUGUGUUAAACUAUGAACGUCACUGUGAUCACCACAGCAAUGUUGCAUUAUUGAAAAUAUUUGGUGGGUUUUUCAUGAAGUCUCAGCUCUGGGAAUGGCUGAUAACAGCAGAGAUGUGGGAUUUGUAAAAAAAAAAAAAAAAAGAAAUGCAGCUAUGAUACAGCCAAGCAGAGCUGUCUACCAGGUAGCCAGACUCUUUCUUCUGGCCUGCCAGUGUCACUUUGUACUCACAGUACACAAAACAUAUAGAGGAAUAAGAUGGGACCCCUAGGCCAUAAGGAGAGCUCCUAGUUGGUGGAGCCUGGAGAGGAAGAGGUUUACCCAGGACCUUUACCUGGGACAGUGCAAGAAUUUUUGGCUACAAAGGCAAAGAUGCAACAUAUCAUAAUAAAGGUAUAGGAGCUGUAUGGGUUAUAGCACUAUGUAUACAAUGUGGUAUGUUGUUGUGGUAGCUUGUUUAGCGUAUCAUGUCAAUACCAGGCUCUUUGUUUACAUUUACAUAAACUCUUUCUCUCUCACUUUUGUACAUGAAACAUAGGACUUGUGCAGAUAUUUGAAUAUUCUUCACAGUAGGUUCAACCUCCUACUCUUUCUUGGAUUCAGCUCCUAUUGCCCACAGACAUACAAUGGCUGCCUGGUGGUUAUUAGAAUUGGAUUCCAACAGGAGCUUCAUGGCUGUGUGUUGUCCUGCAAUAGGGACACGUGUAGCUUUAUUGACACAGAGCUUGAGGUUAGCAGAGGCUGUUUAAUGUAUGAGCUCAUCAUUUUGUAAGCUAUGUACACAAGGAUGUGUUACUUUCUAUGUGGCAGCUGUGAACGCUGUAAGAUACAGGGUAUUCCACGCAGUGCUGAGGAACACAUCAAGAGGAAGAUCUGCCAGUUGAUAAUAACACACCAUAAGCUGUGCGUAGAGAACGAACAGUAUGUAAACGAGGACAGUGACUGCAUUCGUUCCAAACGAUAUUCCUGUUUACAGACAUUGUCUUAUGGUGUGUUAGAAUGAAUCAGCAUUAUGAGUGGUUGUGCAUUAUGAAAGAUUGCCUAUGCACACUGUAUUUGCAUCGGCUCUUCUAAAAAUCAAUCUAAUAGCUUUUUCUAAGAACUCCUUUCUAUUGCAAUAGUACACGCUCUGUUUAUAAAUAUAUAUUUUUGGCAUGCUAUUAGCAAGAUGGUUACAUGUGUAUAUAAAUAGGAAGGUAGGGCUUAUAUGGUCUCAGUUAAGAUGUAAACUAUUUUAUCAAGCAUAUAUGAAUUUAAAUCUAAUUUAGAUUUCCAGACAUGAUUUUCAGUAUGGGGUUACCUGUACUCAUUCCUAAAAGGCCACAUCGUAGGUUUCCAUGCUCGUCAUUGUAGCAUGCAAAUAGUCCACGUACACGUACACUGGCUGAGGACAAUUCCUUGGUGUCAGCGGAUGUGGACAGCAGGACAGGAGCCCAAAAUGGGGACAGUUGGGGGGCCUGCAGUCCUGACUCAGCUAUGCAGAGCUGUGUGAACAACAUACAUUCCAACACAGGGAGGAAUGUAAACUAGAACAGAGGUGGGCAGGCAAGUGAUGCAACCUUAAUUUCUUUCACUGCCCAAAGAGGCGGAAAGUACCUUAAAUGGAUACGCCAAGCUGAUGGUCAAUCACUCUGAUGGGACCCUUUAAGGACAGAUCAUUCACAGCUUACUGUUACAUUGCUUCGUGUAUGGUCCUGAUGCUUUUAGCGUAACAGAGGAUCGAAUCCUCUAGACUGUAAGCUCACUUGAGCAGGGUCCUCUUCAACCUAUUGUUCCUGUAAGUUUUUGUAAUUGUCUCAUUUAUUGUUAAAUCUCCCCCUCUUAUAAUAUUGUAAAGCGCUAUGGAAUAUAUUGGCACUAUAUAAAUGCCAAUAAUAAUAAUAUUAAUGAUGUGCUCAAGCUAUGCUUUCCUGGGACAGUUCCCUGUUGUCCACUAAAGCGUAACACCAGGGAACAAACCCAGGAUUGCUGGACAGGAGCCUGAAAUCGGAACGGUUCUGCCAUAUUCAGGACAGUCGGGAGGCCUGGAGAAAUGCUUCCACUGAACAUACACAUGCACAAUGUGACAUAUGACUGCACCUGUCCUUCCAAUUCACUACUGCUGCAUUUGUUGACUUGGUGACAUCAGAGAAAGCCAUAACUAACACAAGAUUAGUCAUUAAAGUCUAAAUGCAGUUCAGAUCAGCAAAACUUAGUGAAAAUAAUCUGCAUUUCUCCUAUUUACUAAAGGCAAAUUCAGAUUAAAUUCAGUUAUUUUAACUGUCUGAGUUAGUGUCUGCUUUCCGAUCAGUUGCCAGGGGUCAAUUGAGUGAAUUAAUCUUAAUUAACUGUAUGUUAUGAAUUUUGUAAAUAAUUAAAUACGUAAUAAUAUAAUCAAAAUUAAAAUUUAAAUCACUUAUGGUUUAAUUUUUAAUUUUACAUUAGUUUGUGUCAAACUAUGAACUGAUGUGCUACAUCUCAAACAUAACAGAGCUUAAAUGUACCAGGGAUAGUCAGAGUUAAUUGUAUCGUAUUGAAGAUACCGGCUUAGUGGAAAUAUUUGUAUAGGGUGCUGCUGACGUCAGCAGAGAAAGGAACCAUGACUUGAAGAGCCAAGGCAAGUAGAAGUGAUUGGAAAAUACAACACACUAAGUACAAUACACACUCGUCUUCCUGGAAAGUGCACCUAUUCACCCAUGAAAUGCCAACAGGGGAGAUAAUUGUAAUAUUGGCUUUAAUGUGGAAUGCAGAGUACUUUCCUACAGCCCAGGUGUUAACAUUUGCUGCUUGGCUAGAAUGCAACAUGACCGUGAUCCUUAAUUUAUAGGCAUUGUUCUAUUUUAAUUAAUAUUUUGUGCCAAUCUUGAAAGGACUGUAAAUUUUUUUAUUUUUUUUUAAAGGGUAACCCUAAGCAGUAUAACCACUGCAUGCGUAUAUUGUAGUUAGGCUGCUGUUAGGCUACAGAUACAACCCCUUGGUUCUUGGUUGGAAUUGCUAGUUGUUAUUGGGAAAUAUGGAUGAAAUUGUUGAAAAUUUCACUUCUUCCAUUCUGUGUGCAUUAGCAAUUCUGGCAAGUGGGUGCCAGGCUGCAAGUGCAUCAAGGAUUACUUAAUAUAAACGGUUUGACCAAGAAGAAUAGUGGACGACUAGCAUUGGCAUGUAGUGGUUAUGGUGAUUAGACUGCAACUUUAUCGCAAAUAUUUAACAAAUAAAAUGUUUUAUCUAUUUAUAAUUUGGGAAGCUCCUUAUGUUAUGUUUAUAUUAAUGAAUGUGAAAUAUUCAGAAAAGGGCUGGCAAGGGAGCAGUGUUCUGCAGCCUCAAAACACUCUUUUGAAAAUUCAAAUAGCAGCAUGUGUAUUGGGAUGAAUGUCUACACAAUUCUGCAGGAGUGAGGUAACAGACCCAAAUUGUGCAGGACCUUCGCUAGCCUAGCACUGUGUGGGUUUUUACCUGGGCUGGUGGUCUGUUCUUUCACUGCUCUCUAGGCCUGGACUGAACUAGUAGGAUAUACUCCAGUGGACUGUAGUAUCAGAUACUGUCCAGACUGCCAGUCUACAAUGAGUAUGUUUGUUGUCCCCUGAAGGAAGUGUUCACCGGUGACCUCAGGGACUUGUGAAAUGAGACAGAGAUCAUGAUAUUAGUAGCACACAGUGGUUGUCAAUACUGGAAUUCGUGCUUAACAAGUCUCUGUAAAUGUUCUGAUAUAGUAUGCAGAUCAUACUGAUGGAUGUUACAGGGGUAUAUGAUGGCACACUUCGCAACUCCAGCAGUCUUCAUCUGUCAAAUGGAUAUAUAUUGCAUGCACAGUGUGAGUAGAACCAUCCAUAUUGGUCUGAAUUUUGUGCACAAAAAAUGCCAUUCAUUUGUACUCUCCCACCCCAGGCCAAAGGUUGCCAUCCCACCUCCUGGUAAUAAUUCCAAUAAUAUUAGUGAUAGAAAGCUUACACCUGUUACAUUGCACAGAUUCCCCUUCACAAUUAACCACUUGUAGUUACUUAAAGGGAUACUCCAGGCACCCAGACCACUUCUGCCCAUUGGAGUGGUCUGGGUGCCUACUCCCACUACCCUUAACCCUGCAAGUGUAAUUAUUGCAGUUUUCAUAAACUGCAAUAUUUACCUUGCAGGUUUAAGUCCUCCUCUAGUGGCUGCCUAUCAGACAGCCACUAGAGGGACUUCCGGGUUCUUAGAACACGAAAAGUGUGUUAUAAGACGCUGGACGUCCUCACGCUAUGUGAGGACCUCCAGCGUCGCCGAAAACCCCAUAGGAAAGCAUUGAAUAAUGCUUUCCUACGUGGAGGUCUAAUGCACGUGCAUGACCAUUGUCGCGCAUGCGCAUUAGGUCUCCCCGCCAGCUGACGUCAACGGGGGAGGAGAGUAGGCGGAGCCUGACCAGAGGGACAUCGGCGCUGGACUCUGAGGGACAUCGGCGCUGGACUCCGGUAAGUCACUGAAGGGGUUUUAACCCCUUCAGCAACUUGGGAUGUGGGGUGGGAGGGAGAGGGCCACUCCAGGGUCCUGCAGUGCCGGGAAAACUAAUAUGUUUUCCUGGCACUGGAGAAUCCCUUUAAUGGGAACACUUUAAAAUAACUGUAGUGGUUAUGUUGUUUAGAGUGUCCUGGCAUUAUUCACAGGUUUAAUACCAAACUUUAUAGAAACAGUUUGAUAUGAACCAGGGCUUUUCCGAUUGUCUGCAGCAGUACCCUUCUAGACUUUAUUAAUAAUGUGGAAUUAACACUUCCCCAUUAUCAAUCUCGUUUUCACCCAAACUGGAGUACAUUGAUUGUCUGAGAGCGCUAUUUAUCGUUGUUUUCGAGAUUGUACAAAAUUAAUAUUGAUAAUUCUGCUAAAUCAGUGUGUCCAGGAAGAUCCUGAUUUAUUAAACUGUUCAUAAUCUGUUUUAUAGUUUAAACCAAUGGAUGGUGUCAGGACACUCAUCAUAACUAAUGCAGUAAGAUAUAGUGAUAUCUGAGAAUUUCAAAUUUAAGACCAAACUAGCCAAAAUGAAAACAGGAAUAAUUUAGAGGAUUUUUUUUUUCAAAUUUGGGGUAUAUCUGACUUUUAAGUCCUGCAAUGCUCAUUUUGUGCUUUUAUGAUGAAAACACACCCUGGGUAAUAGUGCAAUAUAUCAAAUAUGAAAUAAACAGUUUUAAAAUGCAAGGAAUUUAAACAUAUUGGAAAGUAAAAUAAAGCUGAAUAAUCUUCCCACUGCAUUUUUGUUGAUUUUGCUAUUUAAAAUCAUUGCAGCUUCCAAGAGAAAAAUAUACAAAGAAUUACAAAACAAAAAUUAGCAUUCUAAAAUAUGAAUGAACAAAUUAUCAUCUAAUAUUCUAAUAAAAAACACAAGUUCCUACUGAAAUACUCUAGAUUGAUAACUUAUUCCUCGCAGAAAUCUUGAAACUAGGCACCACUGACACUUAGAGUGUUACUUUAGGCCACACUCCUGAAUUUGCAGUUUUACCUCAGGCAGGUUAGCAGCAGCUAGCAGACUGCACAGCCUGUUUUCCACUUGCCCUCAAAGUGAAUUCCAAAAUUUAAAUGCCCCGGAUUAGAAAAUACCCCUAAAUCAUUCCGAUUUUCAUUUUGGCUAGUUUGGUCUUAAAUUUGAAAUUAACUUUUAAUUCAUCGUGAGUUUCUGACAACUCUGUUAGUAUUCACUAAGCUUUAUUGGGCUUUUGUAAAUCCCCCACAAUUACCACAAAUUUAUUUAUAUAUAUAUAUUUUUGUUGAACUUAUGUCAUUAAUUGAAUACAUUGAUGCUAUGUAUAGGCUUUGUGAUCUUCUUUUUGUUAAAUUCUGGCUUCCUUACAACUUUAGCCUGUCUGAUUCUUAUUAAACAUCCUGACACAAUUCAGUGUAACCAUGUAUCUGUCAGUAAUCAGUUCACCUCAGAUGUAGACAUGUUCCAAGAUCACCUUAUAUAAGCAAGACUUCCAUCUGUUCCAAUGUUUACAACACUGUCUGUGACCUCAAAACCUCUCCCAACUGCAUGUCCUAGUUAUAAGCUCGUAUUCUUCCUACUUGAUAUGGUGUGUGCAAGCAAGCAGAUAGUUACUAGAAAAACCAUAUUGACAUAGUGGUAAAAAUGAUUUAAUCCUUCUCCUACGCGCCAACCAGCAUUAAAGAAUUAAUAUAAUUAAUAAACUGACAUUCAAGUUCAUUAAAGCUCUUGGUGCCUUGUAAGUUCUUCUGCAGCUACUCUGUUGUCUACUGCACUAUGAUGCCAAGAGAACCCUGGUUUUGUUUUCAGUAAGGGAGCAAACUGUUUUGCAAUGGUUUGGCACUUACCUGAGAUCUGUUGGGUGCUGAGCCUCCUGCCUUGCUGCCGUUAAGUCAUGGGCCGAAAGGGUCUGUUAAAUGAUCACCUUUGCAAAGAAUAUGCACAGAAUUAACAUUAGCCAGCCUGGAAUUCUCAGAACUCUAAAGUAGGCUGCCAAGAUUGGAGGGCGUCUCAUACACAGUUAUUGCACAAUGACCACUCCAAAACUCUAAAUGGCCAUGGUGCUUUAAGUAACCCAUUAAGGAAAAUUUCAAGCACCAUAACUAAUACACUUGUUUAUUUCAGUCUAUUUUUAAUGGUUUGACAUAAACUGUACGAUUCUCUAGCAACCAAAGCCUCUCGUAAAUUGGGUCCAUGGAAAGUAUAUUUAGAGAGUCGUAUUAUAUUUGUCAAGUUUUCUGUGACCUUAACACUUUUUCAUACGCAAAGCAGACCAAUCUGAUGGUGACUUGAAGGUGACGUUUCUCUGUUGUGAGUGUUCACUUGCAUCACUUUUGUUAUGGCCAAUAGCACACACUAUGAUGACAGGUCCAUCUCCAAAGAAGAGGAGAUUGGUAGUAGACACAGGUAGACCAGUAACAGCGAGAGGUAGUGUUCUCUCACCUGGCAUAGAAAAGUAUGGGUAUCACCAAUACUCACACUGCUCUAAAAUAAGUCCGCUUCGCGGUUAUCACGUAAAGUAUGGAUCCUCCCUUCAUUCAAGCAAGUUUCAAUGUAAACACCCUUUGACAUCUAAUUUUCUUUAGUAAUAGUUUUACAGUUAUUGGCUUAAGUUUGAUUUUUAUUAAAAUGACCGUGCAUAGGUCAGAGACAUCUGUGUAGGCAUGAUAUUGAUAGCAAGUGGUGUAUAUAUCUGGAAACAUCCAAGAUUCUCUCCUUCACAGAGUAGUGUUGUAGUCUGACAUUGAUCUCCCAUGGCUUGUUUUUGGAUCUGAAUGAGAUUUCAGAGUGCAGUAAAUUGAUCCAUAAGUUAUACACCCUCUAGUUUAAUCAGGUAGGAUUUAAUAUAUCUUUUUUUUCUGGAACCCGUCAAAGUCACAGGUUAUUUAUUCCGGAUCUAUUGCUCAGGAUUUUACUAACAGAUCUCCAUUUCAAUGAAUUUAAACUCAAACUUUGAUACACAGCCUGUAAGUGUAUUAUGUGAGCUAUGAAGAGUAGCCUGUACUUUUUUCCACAACUGAAAUUCUCGUGUUUAACAUGCCCAUUUCAUCUUGAAAUUCUGCAAAUCCAGAUUGGAGGUGCAACCUAACUUUAGUCAGACCAGAUCUAAUAUCAGACCUCGAAGAAGCCAAAGACUGUAAUUCUUGUAUGUCUUGUAAAUCUUAUUGGCAAUUUAACAACAUUUUAUCAGGCAUUUUAUUACAGCCAUAUUGAUCAAAUAUACUUCUGUGCUUGGAUUAAAGUUUUGCCUUGUGUGUAUUUUUACUGGAUGCUCUUCUCAUAAUAGCGAUAUCACAAUAAUGAGGGCACUUUCUUCUUACUAUUGUAAUAAUUAAAUUUGCUAUUGUUAAUGCAUAAAUUAUUAAAAUGCUUUAUAUAGCAGAGUUUAACCCCUUAAGGACACAUGAUAUGUGUGGCAUGUCAGGAUUCCAUAUUAUUCCAGAAGUUUGGUCCUUAAGGGGUUAAAUGCAUUCAUCACCUACAUGGGCCUUUUGAAAAUUACUCUGAGCUCUUAUGAACUGCAGUUUGUGGUUCAGUGAAUAAUGUAUAAACUCAUUCUGGUUGAACUUUGAUAUAUCAGCUCAAAACACAUUAACUCAGAUUAACAGAAGCAUCUGGGAUAAGCUUAUAAAAACAUAUUUCAUCUUCCUGAUUUAAGGCACCGCAUUCACAAAGGAUUGGAGGAAAUUAGACAUUUGUUUCGCUUUCUGGUUUUCUGUUAAUUUGUAAUGGCAUAUAAUAGCAGGUACAUCAUAAAACAGAUGUACAGAUUAUGUCAACUAUAUACCUAAUGUAAAUAUAAUGAGAAAGUUAAAAAGUGAUCACUUGUUGUCUUGUCAUUUCACACAAAAAUUCCUUGGCUAUUUUUACUUGUGCGGUGAAGUGUGCAAUUAUGAUUAGUGUGUAUAUUUUUAACUUAAGUGACAUAAACACAUAGGGACAGAGAUCAAGUUGUCACCUGAGCCACCUAUUAUGAUUAAGUCGCAGUGACAACAAACUGGCUAAGAAUCAAAAUAUGUAGACAUUAUUGGAGCAUGAAAAAUGGCCCAUUCUUACUGCAACUGAAUAAUGAACUUGCUACAUUUAAUCUGCUCAAUUAUAUUCAGAUAUUCAUGAAUUUGUGUUACUUCGUUUUUAUACUUUUAAUGUACACUUACUCUACUGUAGAGUAUAUGUCUGACAUUGUGCUGUUUUCGACUUUAUGUAUGACAAUAAUAUCACUAUGUUGCAUUUUUCAUCAUUAUUUCCAGAGAUUGUUUUGUACAAAUCAGUACAAUGUACCAAUCUACAUUUUAUGAUAUUUAUAGACAGAUAAAUUUGUUUGAUACUCUUCUGUGCUCUAAUUUAAGAUAGUUAUUUAAACACUAAUUGUUUAGCAUAGUAAUAAUGCUAUAGCACAUUACCCCCACUGCCCUCCUAUCAAGGUUCAAUCAUUCAAACUGGUGUGUCCAAUGCAAAUGUUCCGAAUUUGUAACAUGUUCCCCAUGUCAUCAAAGUCACAUUCAGAAAAAGAGAGGAGCCAUGGAAAUGCAACUGACGAACAAAAACAGUGAAGCCGUGGAAACUCAAAAGAUACCAUUGAAACGCCAUCACAUUAGCUGUCAUAGCAGAACGCUACAGCAAUGUUUGUUUGUUUUUUACGUUUGGGGGACAAAGAGUUGAGCCAAGAAAAUACAGUGGGCAUUGUAGAGAAAUAUGGAGCUGUACUCAGUGGUGGAAACGUAAAGUUGCUCAACACUUAACUCUGUUCUUUUUGAUACACACACAAUUCUGUUUAAGGGUUACUCCCAUAAUUUGUGAUGUAAAAACGGUGCUGUUGAACAGCCAUUUUCUAUGAUGCAGUGUUUUCUUACUGUCUGUGAUUGUAACAAUAAAGUGUCAUGUUCUAAAUUGUAUACAUCCCAAGAUCAUAGUUGAUUAGGUAAUUGGUAUCAACCAAAACAGAAGAAUUGUUUAUAGCUGCGUGACCUCUAUCUUAAUAAUAAGAGGUAUUCUACUGACCUAAUUUGUAAAUUACAUACAAGCAUAAACAAUUUCAAGUACCACUACUCCAGUAUUUACACUCAGAAGUGAAUGUACUGUAAUUAAAGAAAAUAUUUAAUGAGUAAUUUUAAACUAAUAACAAAACCACAAUGACUAACCAACAGUUAAAUAAAUUACAGCCACAUGAUUACAGAGUCUAGAACAGCACAAGGUUGGUGGAGGAGACUGGACCAAGAAAGUUAUUGAUACAUAUGUAGACUAUUGAUGACUAUCAAAAGCACCCAUUUCAUUAUUUGUGGACGAGAUGUGGUCUGGUUACAAGUGUUAGUGAGCCCUAGUUGUCAAAAAAGGAAAUGAUCAUAAAGUUCAACUAAGCCAUUAGGUUUUAAGCAAGCUGUUAACUUCAUAAUUUAGAAGGACAUAUAGCAUCAAUGCCUUUGGAGAUCAGGUGAGAUAAAGUAAGAGGGACAGUGAUAAAGACAGUGAUUCCAUGUUCAGACAGGACCUAGAAUAAGGAAUUACGGACAUCUCAAAAUGUUAGAAUUCUCAGACACAUUGUCUCAUUCUAUACAUACCCCUUUAAACAAAGGUCCGUGACACCACAUAUUCACUUCUCCUUCCUUGCAUCAAUGAUAUUUUGAACAGGUGUACAUAUUGUACCCAGUGACUACAUGUCUAAACCUAACUCUAAACCUAAAUUGAAGUAGGAGAGAACAUAAAACUAUGUCUUAAAACUCUUAAAAUUCUCUUUCUAUUGAAAUCUGCACUUUUGGUAAAAUGAAAAAAAGAGGACGCACUCUUUACAAAUCAAGGAAUUCUGCAAGCUGAAGUGCCUUAGGUGUGUGGAGUAUCCCUUUAAAAGACAGAUGGGUGAGUGACGUUGUACUGCACGUCCCAGACAAACAUUCACUGAUAUCAUAGCAUUUGUAAUUGGGGCACAAGCACAGAGAAACAAGAGCAAAGACUAAGAUUCUCUGUGCAUGCAUACAUGCUAUUUCAAUAUUAGUGUUAGAAUUCAUAUUUGUAGAGCACAAACAUACUCUGUAGCACUGUGCAACAACAAACAAAGCAAAUAUCUUAAUAUAUCUUUAGAAUGUUGGAUAAUUAUUAGCACUCCUGCUAUUGUGCAAUGUCCCAUGAUUCUUAGCUUCUUAGUAUGGCUGUAUAUGCAGAGGAUUGUGGGUAACACAGUCCACAAGUGCUGGAAUGCCAAACUGUAGCUAUCACAGUAUGAAGAAUAAGUUACAUACUAUCUAAAAAAAGCAUGGUGAUUCGUGUUUGACAUGUUCUGUUACUCUCAUAUCCAAGCAUCUUUUCUUUGUGAAUCUUUUUUUUUUUUUUUGAUGGUGUGAUAAAAUGCUCUCUUAAAAUAUGGCAGAAAAAAAAUGUGUAAAAAAAAAUAAAAAAAGUGUAAAGUUAAAGAAGUUAGCAUAUGCAUACUAAUAAGUAUUUAACGGUCUAUAGUAAAUGGUUAAAUGAACACAUCAGUUUCUAAAAUGAUAUAUAUAUUGGGAAAAGCUUUGCAAACGUUCUCUAAGAGCUGAAUGAAAAGCAGAGUGCCCUGCAGCACAAGGUAGCCAUAGCAACACCAAAUUACUGCCAAAUACACUAGGGCCGAAAGCAUGGAGGAUGGACUCUUGCCAAGCUCCUGCCGGAUGUCUCCUGUAAUUCAGGAUUUCUGGAUCAGUACAGGGCAGGAAACCCUGUCCGAGAAGGGAGGAGGAAAAGGAGGGGUACUCUGCCAUUGUAUGAAGGGAGGAAAUUCACAUUGAAAGUCACUGGACAAUGUGUCCAACUUUUGAUUAUAUCAAAGCAUUGAUAGUCAUGCUGUUGGGGUUGUAUUAUUGGCACAGGGGAGUAAUAUAAUUAUUUAAAGUGAUAACAAUUGGCAUUUAAAGUACUGAUAAGAAUAUUAAAGGAACAGUAAUUGCAUAUUAUAAUGCUAGUAAUGUAACAAACAUGAGUUGUAGAGCACAAUAGCUUAUAGUAACAAGUGCCAUAAAAACAUUGUAUAAUGAAGGAGUGUCACUUAUAUUUAUAUGGUUUACCUGGCUAUAUAGUCUGUUGAGAGAAUGUAUGUAUAUGUAUAUAUUUUUCCAUUUCUUGUGUAUAAGCCUGAUCUACUCUUGGACUGUUAUAGCUUUAUAGCAUGGACUACUAUUGCACUUGAGCCAUUAAAAAUCACAUUUUAUUUGGAACCAUCCAAGUGGAAAGGAACAAUGUUUCCCGACCAGUGGUGAGUGUGUAGGAUGUGAUGUAAGUCUGGUGGAACCUGGCUAUGGAUACUGGUUUCCCAACCAGUGGUGAGUGUGUAGGAUGUCAUGUAAGCCUAAUGGAACCUGGCUAGGGAUACUGGUUUCCCAACCAGUGGUGAGUGUGUAGGAUGUCAUGUAAGUCUGGUGGAACCUGGCUAUGGCUACUGGUUUCCCAAACAGUGGUGAGUGUAUAGGAUGUGAUGUAAGUCUGGUUAAACCUGGCUGGGGCUACUUGUUUCCCAACCAGUGGUGAGUGUGUAGGCUGUGAUGUAAGUCUGGUUAAACCUGGCUGGGGCUACUUGUUUCCCAACCAGUGGUGAGUGUAUAGGAUUUGAUAUAAAUCUGGUGGGACCUGGCUAAGGCUACUGGUUUCCCAACCAGUGUUGAGUGUGUAUGAUGUGGUGUAAGUCUUGUGGAACCUGGCUAGGGCUACUAGAAAGAAUGAGAAACUAAUACACACCACCACACACUGCUACCUUUCAGAUACUUUGAAAUUACAGAUUUGGCAUUGGUAAACUGUAAAAUGUAUCCAGUGGAAUCCUUUCACUGACUAUAGUGUAAAGACUUCAUCCACGGAACUCUUGACAGUAUGUAUAUCUCAGUCAUACAUGUCCUGGCCUGCCUGAGAUUAGUGGGUGUUACAUUCCUCUGGGUGCUGCGGUUUAUUAUGAUGUCACCAGAACCCCUUGAAAGCAUUAGUGUUCUGCUACAUAUCCUUUCUCUCUCUCCUUCUUUACAGUAAACAUUUUAACCAUAUUAGUCCAGUGAUGCAGAUGUAAAAUAACAGAAGAAAUUUGUAUAUUGUAAUAAAAAUCUUCUGUCAUGCCAUUUCAUGCUUUAGGCUUUAAAAAGGUAGGAUAUCCUGACAAAAAGUAAAUCCAAAAUUCUGUUAGUCCAAUAAAAAAAAGGAAUUAUAAUAUACUAAUUUCAUUUAUUAUUUUACAUCUGUCUAUCUAUAAAUAAAUGGGAAGCAAAUACCAAAAAGUUAUGGUGGGGAAUAAAUUGUGAUUGAAAACCCCUUCCACCUGAAGUCUGGGGAAAAUAUGCAAAGCCAGUGAAUCACUCAUGACAGCUGUUUCAUUGUUAAUGCAAAUCAUCAGCAAGAGGUUAAUUUCUGGUUUGCUUAUUGAGGCUUGGUAGUGCUUGGGAAGCAAAAACCAAUGCGGUUAUGGUGGGGAAAAAUUGUGAUUGAAAACCCCUUCCACCUGAAGUCUGUGGAUAGUUAAUACAAUGUUUAACAAAAAUCUGAACGCCAGUCAAGCCAAAAGACUUGGUUUUCACCGAGAAAGCACAAAUCUGCAGUGAUGUUAGUACCGCAAAGGAAUCUGGGUGGGCAUAUGCAAAUUAGUUUAACAAAGAAUCACAUUUUGCCUCAUUCCAUUUUAAACAUGGAUUCCUUUGAGUCUGUGUUGGCUGUAUACAACAGCUUUGAAACACAACUUAGGAAAAGAUGCAAAGCCAGUGAACCACUCAUGGACAGCUGUUUUAUUGUUAAUGCAAAUCAUCAGCUUGAGGUUGGUUACAGCAAACACAUUUAUAGUAUUAACUAUGAAUAAAUGCAUAUAUACAGAGAGAGUGUUUAUGUGUGCUAAUGUUGUGUAUUUUUUUAGAAGUGUGUGUAUGUAUAUAUAACUAGGUAUUAUUAUUAUCAUCAGCAUACAUUUAACAUUUUUACAUAAGUGGAAUAUUUGUAAUUCCUGGAGAUGGUUUCACUUGUAUGCCUCUCUUGGGAGAUAUUAUACAAACAGCUUACACUCCUGGCAUCCUUUCAUGAUAAAAUGACCUAGCAGUAAUACCUAAUGGGGAGUCAGAAGUACUUAUUCUCUCAUCACGAGGGUCCUGACCAUGGCCAAAAGUUAAUGCUAACAGAGAACAAAGUAAACACAGCUGUUAAGCUCUUCUGCUGCAUUGCAGACAUCAGGUGAGCAAGGCGUAUAGGGCCAUAAAUCACCGUGUUAUGGCAUUUAAACGGUCAAUUCUGUGCAUUAUUGAAUCAAGUACAUAAGAGUACAUUCUUAUUUAUGGUUCUAUUGCAGGGCUUAAAACUUUAAGUCUUAUGCUACUAGCCAGGCCAUUAAAAUUACUUGCCACUGCAAGAAAGAGUAAGAGUUUAUUGCACGCUCAUCAGUGGUGUAUUUCUAUUCCCAGGGCUAAAUUUAUACUUCCAAAAUCUAAUUCUAUUUUAUAUUUUAACUAUGUUAAAAUAUGAGACUAUUAAGGAAAUUCUGGUUUAUUACCAAUGUAGAAACCAAAGUAGUAAUAUGAUUUAUUUAUAUCAUGUACACUAUAUGUUUAGGUUUCAUUACUUACAAAAAAAAAUUACGAAAUCACCUCCUCUACUUUGGUUCAUGAAAAUUGUUUUAAAGAUACAGACCUUUUGCAUAUUCACCCCUCUGGAUUAUCUAAAAUCACACUUAGAGCAAUCUCUGUCUGCUUUAGGGGUUGUAGGGUACCUUUUAGUAUGCGUAUUGGACUUGACCUCAUGUCAGAUCCAUUUGGGACAUUCUUUUCUAGACUAUCUUGAUGUCUGGACCUGUGAGUGGAACUUGUUAACAGAGAUUACACACAGGUCUCUUUAACAUGUUCUGCACACAAACUUAUCUUCAUAGUGUGCUCAGCCUUGCAAAGGUACAAUGCUCGCUGCUGAAAGUCGGCUUGUCCAAUCCAAGCACAGAUAGGUGCUCAUUAAAAUGGAAAAGCUGACACCUGCUACUCAUGAAAGUACUGGACGGAGAUCUAGUUUCUUCAUGGAUCAACCUUGGUGAUCCUGGUCCUGUAGUCUGUAUGGUUUCUCAGUCGUGUCUGCAGAUGGGUGCCAUGUCUGGCAGGGGGUGGAGAGGGACAACUCCUAACGGAAUAGAGUCUUCCCCUUCCCUUUCUCCUCUACCCCUUCUACUCCUACUCUCUAUUCUUCCCUUCUAUAUCAAGCCUUUUUUCUCCUUCAUCUCCUAACAAAACAGUGCUACUUGUUGUGACUGUAAACAUGGUGCUGUCAUUGCCCUCUCUUCUCUUGCUACUUGUUAUCGCCUUCUGUUGAAAAACUCUCAUUAAACAUUUUAAUUACAAAACACAUUACGAAUGUGGAAAAAGUGAAUACUAGAGCCUGGGAGAGUUUUUAAAGAAGGGCUACAAAUGUUCUCGAUGUUUACACUAGAAAAAAAAAAUACAGUAACACUAACUAAGAUAAUAAAUUUCCUGCCUAAAGAGGUUGUGCUAUCGAAACUGGCAUUUUGCCAAUCAGAGCAUACAGAGUUACAUACGCAAUAUAAACAAUAUUAAUGCAUUAAUAGCUUUAUUAAUAGCUAGUUGAUUCAGGGAGAAAGCGAGUGCCGCUGUGGAGUUCAGAAAGAACCUUUUUUCUUCUUUGAAACAUAAUUGAAAAUCAAUUCACCAUUGUGUUGUUGUAUAUCUACAGCACUAACACUGUGUGAGCAGUUUAGUUUACUGGACCUGAGACUUUUUCACCUUUCAAUGUUUUCCAUAGCUAGACCCAGAAUAUCAGGAAACUCUUCUACUGUUACCAAAACCUUAUAUUAAGAAUGACACCCUACCUUGUUACUAAGGGCAGAUGAAGGGAGGGGUCGGCCUAUAAUUAGAGAUGCAUUUAACCAAAUACUGGAAGCUAAAUAUAACUUUACUUUAAAUAUAACAUUUCCUAUAAUUAGUACGUAAUAUUGUGUUGCACCUAUUAUGGACAGAGUAGUGAUUGUGAGUUCUACAACAAUAGAUAUUACCAUCUAUAGCUCGAAAGCAGGAAACUUCAAGCGUUUCCCACAAUAUUUAUAGAAACUAUUCACCCUCACUCCAGGGUCAUCUUUCACUGCCCCGAAACAAGCAAGAUGUCCUACAAGGGAAUGUAAAGAGAUAAUAAUGUUUCAUGCUACAAUCCCACCCCACAUGUACAUGGAAACUAAAUACUGCCUAACAAGCCUUUCUACACACUGCCUCUUCAAUUUCACGUUUGUUUGCCUUUUUCUUCAUUAUCCCAGGCUUCUGAAAUGGAUGGGUGCAUGGAUGGAUGGCUGGGUUUGUCGGUGGGUUGGUGAAUGGCUGGGGAUAGGCGGAUGGAUGAAUGGGUCGAUGUGGGUGGGUGGAUGGUAGUGAAUGUGGAUGAAUAGGUAAAUGGAUAAAUAAAUGGAUGAUUAGAUGGAUGAAUUGAAAUGCAUUUCUAAAGCUAACUAAUUUCUGCAAGACAAAUCAUUUAUAGACAUAAUUACUAUAAACAAAGAGUGACAAUCUGCCUAUGUAGCUAUUGGAAAAAUGAAUCAUACACAUAAGUACCAUUUUUUUCUGUAUGAAAUUUAUGAAUGUUUUUCAAGAUAAACUGAAGUUGGAACGAUUUAUAUAAAAAAAGUAAAGGCCAAUGUUAAUUAGUAAAAAAUCUAAAGGUCAAUGUUAAUUUACCAAAUCUCAUGCAUGAAAAAUUAAUAAUCUAAAAUGUGUUCAAGGCAUGUGCUAAUGUUACUGCUAAUGUGCUUACAUCAGCGGGGACUGGCAGGUGUUUGUCUAGAGUUAGAUUGUUCCAGACUCUCUAGAAAUUGGUGAUAAACUCAUGAUUGAUCAGUUGGGGUAGACUAUGAAGGGAGCACUGUUUCACUGCUCUCUGCAGGCUCAUAGUGCCGUGAGUGUAGUGCAAGUGCGUCUAACAAUGAACUCAUUGGAACAAAGUCGGAACGGCGGGACAGGACCUGAAAAUCAAGACUGUCGCACAGAGUUUGGUUGGUUGGGAGACUUUCAUAUAACAAUAUAAACGAUAUGUAAAAAGGAAGCACUGUAUGUCCUAUAAUCUCACAUGAGGGAUUGGGGAUUUGACCAAUGGGAUCUUGGAGAUUUGCACUCUUGGAGCCUCACAUAUAACUUGCCUGCUCUCACCUGUGUGCAGUGCACUCUGUUAAACACACAUGGGACCAGGAAAUUACAUCAUAUUCUGUAUCAGAAUUUGUAUAUGAGCAGUGUGGGUGAGAGAUUUGUACAUCCUGGGACACAGAUCCCAUACACCUUGCUAGCAAACAGGGUCUGUUGUGUCCAUUUUCUUUACUUUACCCAUAUAAUGUAAGCAGCUAGGGGCAGUCUGGAGUAAGUGGAGAGAAUGGGAAACCACGAGCUAAGCCUUAAGCAAUGUCUUGGUGCCAUUCUGUUAGUAAUGCCAUAGGACACUGGGGACUAAAAUCCUGCCCUGAAGUCAUCUGUUUGCAUUGCACAAAAUGAUUAUUAUGAAGACCAAUGUUUGCUAUGUACUCCCUAAAGUUCAAUGUGAGUGCAGAGAAGCUGGUGUAUGUUUUAGCCACCAAAUUCCAUUUAGGUAAGAUUUGUGAUGGAAUGAGUUUACACUGUAUCUGGCCCUGCCCACCUCUGCCACCCUCUGUACUUAGUUUUUUCUGUAAAUAAAGAAGAAAAUGUAGCUUUAUCCUGAUGUGAAUGCAUUUCAAUGACUAUACCCUUUGGAUUGUUGAAUAUGCCUUUCUGCUCGCCAGUAUUUACAUGUGAGAGAAAAGGCUGCUUUUAACCGCACUCUGAGUCUUCAUGUGUAAAAUAAGUGUGGAUCUGAAGGUGACACAGACCUGUGGCUGUUCAGUAAAGAAACAGGGUGUGUACUGGCUGCGUGUUUGCAUUGCACUUUCCAGAUUAUACUGCUAUGUACCUGAUUAUAUACUUAAUCGUUACUCACUGAAAACAUCUGGAACAACAGGUACAAGGUGGACAUGUAAGUCAGCAACCUUUAUGACAGUUAGAUGUCACAACAAUAACAAUGAUUUCUUAGUGACAGUGACAUUUGUCUUUUUGUCAAUCAGAACAUUCUACAGGUAACCUUCAUCUCCUCCGUCCCCAUAGCAACCUCUAAUGUCAUAUUAUUCUUCCAUUUGUGUGUUUGCAGUCUGUAUGAUAACCUUACCAUAUACUGGCCAAUAAUCUUUCUUCGUGUAAGAAAACAUAAAUUGCAACAACAACAAAGUAAAUUAAAAAAUGUACAGUUUUACCCAACUUUGUAUUCAAGAGCCUACACAGUAAUUUAUUGUAGAUCAAAGCUUUAUUUUAUUUUUGUAAAUAUUCUUUAUUUAAUUUAUCAAUAAAGUAAUUCAAAGUCAUAUAUAAAUCAGAUAAGACAAUUGAACAUUUGUCAUAUCAAAAUGUCAUUCCAUAACAUCCACAGUCUUUUUUCUAGAAUACAUAUUAUUUAAAUAUAAAGGGAAAGAAAUGAAGAGAGAAAGGAACUGGGCCAUUUCUGUGAGCACAGUGAUUGAAAAAGUGACCGCCAUGUGAGCCAUUAAAACAGGUAGCAGUGCUUAGGUAAUUGGUAAGAGACAGAAUGUUGCUGUUUCAACCCAUAUAAUUAAUACCACUGACUCAUUCUUCAGUCAAAAUACCAAGAGGUUGAAACAUUACACACUUAUUUCAGUUUUCCUCAUUUGCAGGAGAGUGAAACCUACAGAACCGCCAAUUUAAUAUCCUCUUGUGGUUAUCCUUACCUACAAUUUAAAUCAUGUACCUAUUACGCUUCUAAUUCACGGCAGUUAUCUAGUGUCCAGUUGCUUAUAUGUAUAUGAGUGGAUACGUGUAUGCUUGUUGGGUUAUAUUUGUUUGUAAUAAAUUGAUGUCUAUUUUUGUAUUUCGUACACCAGGGAAAGCCAACAAGCAGACCCCCAUUUAUUCGCCAACUACAAACUCCCAUCAUCCUUUGCUGGUCUUUGGAGGGUAUAGCAGAAUGGCCGCCAUAAUUUCAAAAUAAUGAGGAUCCUACAAGUGUGUGUGAUUGUCUGCCUGCCUGUGUGACAGACUGUCUGUGUGACUGACUGCCUGUGUGUGUGACUGUCUAUGUGACUGCUUAUGUGUGACUGUUUGCCUGUGUGUGUGUUUGACUGUCUGCCUAUGUGUGUGUGUGACUGUCUGUCUGUUUGACUGUCUGACUGCCUGUGUGUGACUCUUUGCCUGUGUGUGUGUGUGUGUGUGACUGCUUGCCUGUGUGUGUGUGUGUGACUGUCUGCCUGCCUGUGUGUGACUGUCUGUGUGAUUGCCUGCCUGUGUUUGACUGUCUGCCUGUGUGUGACUGCUUGCGUGUGUGUGUGCCUGUGUCUGUCUGCCGGUCUGUGUGACUGCCUCCCUAUGUGUGACUCCAAUUCUGUGUGUCGCUGUAGUUGAGUCGUUGAGUGUGCCUGUGCCUGUAUGUGUGACUAUCUGCCUUUAACUGAGUGUGUGUGUGCCUAUCAGCAUGUGUGAGUGUCUGCUUGCCUGUGACCGAGUGUGUAUGACUGCUUAUAAUGAAUUAUGUGUGACUGUCUGCUUUUGACUGUAUGCCUGUAACUGUUCGUGAUUGUGUGCCUGUAACUGUGUGUGACUGUCUGCCUUUAACUGUGUGAUUGUCUGCCUGUAACUGAGCAUGUGUGACUGUCUGCCUGUAACUGUGUAUGUGUGUGUGUGUGACUGUCUGCCUGUAACUGAGCGUGUCUGACUGUCUGCUUGUAACUGUUUGUGUGACUGUCUGCCUAUGCCUGUGUGUGUGACUGUAUACAGGCAACUCGGUGGGGGGUGCCGUGAAGACUUUUCGCACAGGGCGACUAAUGGCCUAAGGCUGGCCCUGCCUACAUGUUCCCCCCCAUGUCAUGUAUACAUACCUCUGCAACAUGAAUAAUCACUGUCACAGUGCUUUGUGGAACAUUAGUAAUGCCCACAUGUCUGUAAAAACUGUAAUUAGAAUACUUUAACAAAAGAGAUUCUUGACAGUUAGGGUUGCUAAUUGAUUAUGCAGGAGAAUACCAAUUGUUCUGCUGUGUUAUUUAACCCCUUAAGGACACAACUUCUGGAAUAACAUGGAAUCAUGACGGAAUAUUUCCAUCAUGUGUCCUUAAGGGGUUAAGGAACUCCCCAGCAGCCUAUGAGGGCCAAGUCUGCUCAUAUGAAGUACAUUCUCUGUGUCAUUUUAAAAUAAGUGAGGAUUACCAUUUUCUGUUCAGUUUAUUUACACAUAGCAAUCCAGUGCUGCGGGAAUGUAUACUGCUUUAGCUGGCAUUGUGUUUUCUAGUGCUUGGGCACUCUCUAUGUUUGUUCUGCAAACAGUUUCACUCAGGUGGAAGGCAGUGAGCAGGGGACAACAGCACAGAGCAUGCUCUGAAUGUGACCUUGUCAUCGGCCUGGUGUUCCAGAAAAUAUUAUUUGUGCGAUCAUCCCUAUGCAGUUUUUUUUUUUAACUGGAAAGAUUUAUGUGUGUUAUGAAAAUGUGAUAUCUAGACGUGUGGUCAAAACCAAGCCUCUUAAAUUAUUUUAUUUGAAUUAAUCAAGAGAAUUGAUGGCUCCAAGAUAUUUCUAACUACUUUCCCCAUUAUGCAAAGACAGCCUUAUUGCUGGUUAAGCAUAAUGGGGAAUGUAGUUUGGAGACAUAUGACAUUCCAAAGUUAGUCAUUACUGUUCUGGAGUGACUGUUAAGUUGGCUGUGCUGCUGAUGUUAUCAGGGAUGCUGAUGAAAGUGUGUGGUAUCUUGUUAUCAGUACAAUAUAGACGUCAGGCAGCAUUAUUCACUGCGUAUUAUACAUUUUUAUUAGCGUUCCUGAUUAAAAUGUGGUUUGGUCACAUUAGAUUAAUGUGAUUUAAAAGGAGAUCCUUGUGCAAGGGCCAAAAACUCAUAACAAAUUCAAUUGUUUGGAUAAAGUGAUAUCCUGACUUCUAUAGCUAUGGAUUAACUCUUUGAAGUAUAAAGAAUGAGCAGCAUGUUGGAAAGAUCCAAACAUUUUUGAAAGUCACAAGGUUAAAAUGUUCUGGGGCUAUACACAAAAUCCCAACUUGCCCCAAGUUUGAAAUUCCUUAGAUAAAAAAAUUGUAAGGCAAACUUUGACUUUGGAGAAGUAUCUCUUGAGUAACUCUAAAACCCUUGAUGCUUUUUUAAGCCACUCACUUCAAAUUUUGUAUUGUUUAUCCUUAUUUGAAUUAAUGCUUCUAGGAACAAAAGUUGGCAUACAGGAAAAUAAGUGACUGAUAGUCCGACAAAUGAUUUGUAGGAGUUGACAGCACACGAUAAAAACUGUUUACCCCCCUUGGCAUAUGGUAUUUUUUUCACUAACUACAGAGGGACAAAUUGCAUAAAAAAAAGAACCACUGGUCACCAUUAACCAAUAACAAAAACCGUAAAAUAAUAAGGGAUAUAGGUGAGGCACCUGAUAUUACCCAAAGAACAUAUAGGUCUUCAGGCACCUGAUAUUACCCAAAGAACCCCAUAAUUGGAGUCUUGUUUUAAUAAAAAAAGAUAACUGUGAUUCAUAGGACUGUCUGAAUGCCAGAAAGGGACCAUCUAGGCUGACAUCCACAGGGAAAAUUGUGACUUCUGAAAACCCCCAGUAGCAAGAGAAAGGUCCAAUAAGUGUCCUCCUGUCCUUUCAACCCAUUGCUAAUGAAUUGAGUGGGAAACACAUAGUGUUCCUUCUCCCCCCCACCCCUUGUUGUCAUGAGUUGAGGAAGGAUUUUGUUUCAAACUACAUAGUGUGGAUGAGCAAUGGGUACCACCAAAUCUGAAUACACAAUAACCAGUAAAGCUCAACGGAUAUCGACUUUAACUUGCCUUUGAUGAAAUGGUUACUUAUGGUUUUAUGUUUCACCACCAUGUUUGCAUCUUUGUAACUGACUUUUCUGAAGCAUGAAAUGCUAUAGCCCCUUUACUUGUGAAUGCUUUGUUAUUUUCUGGAUAAAGGAUUUGCUUUUAUAUCUUUCUUUUUAUUCUUUCUGUGUGUUCCAGACCCCACUGCCUGAUAUUGAAUCUCAGGAGGAGUACAGCCAAACCUUGAAACAGGUAAUACCAGCUUUAUAAAACUAAUGCUUAUCUUUAGAAAAGUCCUAAAUCUCUUCUUUUAUUUAUUUAUUUAUUUAUUUUAACUAAGAAAUAAAAGUUGUUCCUUCUGUGUUAUCCAAAUGUGAAAUUCUAGAGCAGGAAAUACCAAAGUCCUUUUUAGCUGAACCUCCGACACUAAUCGGUAAAGCUGUAAAUAAGACGUGAUCACCUGAGCACAAGAAAAAAAGCCAACGGCACAAAUACAAUAAGAAAAAUCUAUUGUGAAAUCAUAUAUCCAACGAACUAGAUUUAGUAUGCAUUCUGUAAACCGGGAGCCUCUAAAUAAAGAAAACAUAGGAAUCAAAGAUUGAUCUACUUGUGAUAAAGAUUGCGGAACAGUUUUGUAUUCAAAUUAUUAUUAUUAUUAUUAUUUUAUUAUUUAUAUAGCGCCAACAAAUUCCGUAGCCUCCGUAGCACUGUACAGUGGGUGGACUGACAGACACAUAAUUGAGAUCAGACCACUGACGUACAGGAACAGAGGGGGUUGAGGGCCCUGCUCGAUGAGCUUACUUGCUAGAGGGAGUGGGGCAUAGUGACACAAAGGGUUAAAGUAGGGGAAUUAAAUAGUUUGUUACAGAAGGGUUUAUUGAGUGCUUGGUAGGUCAUUUUUGACAGGUGAAGGAAUGGAGUCGUGGGGUGGGGGAUGAGAAACCUGUUGACAGUUUAAUUGAUACGCUUUAAUGAAGAAGUGAGUUUUCAAAGAUUUUUUGAAGGAAUGGAGGCUGGGUGAGAGUCUGAUUGAGGAGGGAAGGGAGUUCCACAGAAUAGGUGCAGCCCUGGAGAAGUCUUGAAGGCGAGCAUCAGAGGUGGGGAUCCGGGCAGAGGAUAGGAGUAGGUCUUGGGCUGAGCGCAGGGGUCUCGACGGGACAUACUUGUGUAUGAGGGAGGAUAGGUAUGUUGGAGCAGCAUUAUGUAGGGAUUUGUAAGCAAGCGCCAGAAUUUUGAAUUGGGCCCUAUAUCUAACUGGAAGCCAAUGCAGGGACUGACAGAGCGUGGAGGCGUGGGAGGUGCGACCGGACAGGAAAAUAAGCCUCGCAGCCGUAUUCAUUAUAGAUUGCAGCGGUGCAAGCUGGGAACAUGUAAGACCGGUGAGAAGGGGAUUGCAAUAGUCAAGGCGAGAGAGAACAACAGCAUGAACCAGUACCUUAGCCGCGUCCGGCGUUAGAUAUGGGCGGAUGCGCGCUAUGUUCUUGAGUUGGAAGCGACAGGAUUUGGCUAUCGAUUGAACAUGGGGAGUAAAAGAGAGAUCAGAAUCAAAAAGAACUCCUAGGCAGCGAGCCUGGGAGGUAGAGGUGAUAGUAGCGCCGUUGACUUGGAUGGCGACAGACACAGGAGUAGCAGCACUUGAGGGAGGAAAAACUAGAAGUUCUGUUUUGGACAGGUUGAGUUUAAGGAAGUGAGCAGCCAUCCAGUUGGAAAUAGCAGAGAGGCAGUCAGAAACACGAGUCAAGGUGGGCGGAGAGAGAUCAGGGGAGGACAGGUAGAUUUGCGUGUCAUCUGCAUAUAAAUGGUAUUGGACGCCAAAAGAGCUGAUGAGUUUACCAAGGGAGGCAGUAUAGAUAGAGAACAGUAGGGGGCCGAGGACAGAACCUUGGGGGACGCCGACAGGGAGGGGUUGGGGAGAAGAGGCAGAGCCAGAGAAAGAAACACUGAAGGAGCGCUGGGAGAUCCAGAAUCCAGACUGAAGGGGGUCAAGCAGAGAGUUGGAUUCAAGAAAGUCUGUCAAUCUGGCGUAGACAACUCUCUCGAGGAUCUUGGAGGCAAAUGGCAGUAGUGAGAUAGGGCGGUAGUUGGAUGGGGAGUUGGGAUCAAGGUUGGGCUUUUUCAGAAUUGGGGUUACGGUUGCAUGUUUGAAGGCAGAGGGAAAUGUGCCAGAGGAAAGGGAGAGAUUGAAAAUGUUAGCGAGAGGAAGAGCAAGAGAGGGAGACAAAGUGCGGAUGAGAUGCGAGGGAAUAGGAUCGAGGGAGCAGGUGGUGGGGUGGGAGGACAGGAGCAGAGCAGAAACCUCUUGUGCUGUAGCAGGUGCAAAUGAGCUUAGGAUGGCAGGGGGAGUGGGGUUGGGUGAUGUAUUGAUACUGGUUGGAGAAAGAUUAGAGAUCUCUUUCCUGAUUGUAGAGAUCUUCUCAGUGAAAUGAGAUGCAAAGUUUGUGGCGGACAAGGUGGUGGAAGGAGGGGGAGUCACAGGGCGAAGAAGUGCAUCAAAAGUGUGAAACAGGUGUUUGGGUUGGUGGGACAGUGUGCUUAUGAGGGUGUUGAAGUAGCUUACUUUUGCAGAGGAAAGAGCCAUGCUGUAGGAGCGCAGCAUAAAUUUAUAGUGGACAAAGUCAGAUGCAAAGUGAGACUUUCUCCAGCAGCGUUCAGCAGUUCUGGAACAUUUUUGGAGGUAACGGGUCAGCUUGGUGUAGUAACGAAUGGGACAACAAGCAUUUAAAUUUGUAUUGUCUAUAUGUUUUAAGCGCCUACUGAUGAUCUGUGUUAAAAAGAAUGUAGGUAGUGCAGAUACAAUAUUGUAAUAAUGUUGUCAUUCUAAAUUAUGCCACCAGGGCUAAAGUUAAGGUUAGGUUUUGAGGUAGCUUAGAGAUAGCUGCGGAUUUAUGGUUCGAGUGGGUGUAAGAUUAGCGGUGGUUCAGAGGAAGAGAUCGACUAGGGAUUAGAAGGUAUUUAGAGUUAGUGGGGAUUUAGGGCUAGUUUGCUGUUUUUUAAUUUCGUGCAUGCUAUUUUUAAGUGGUCAGUAAAAAGAGUGCACUCUUGCAAUAAACCUGUAGUUUUAGCAAUCUGAUAAUAUUGUGUUAUUAUGCUAAAUGUAAAGUCAUGUGACAGCUUUACCAUUCUAUCACUUUGAUCAUUUAUGAAAUGUUGAAUAUACUUGGGAGCGCUCCUAGCAGCUCUAUGGUUUUAUAGCUCUGUAUGUACCUGUAUGCCAAUGCCAAAUACCAUGGCAGAACAGGUGCAGGUUUGUCUGCAGUUGAUUAUAAUAUUAUCUUUGGUGUGGAUGAUAUGAUUAGAUUUGGAGGCAACGCUAAAACGUUCUAACAGGUAUUCCCCCACAGGCUACAAACCACACCUCUUAUUGCAUAAAAUACUUUACACGCCCUGUAAACAUAUUGCUGAUAUGUCAUUUAUUUACACUGUAUUAACAAUGUAUAGAAACAAGUUCUGUUUUAAGUAGCAUUGUGCUAUUUGCUCAUCAUAUAUAGCAAUACAUGAAAAAUAAUAAAACAUCUGUGGCUUAAUAUUUGUUGAGUUAACAAUUAUUUUAAAGGAAUACUUGUGGUGAUUCAAUACUUUUGAGCAGCAGCAAAUUAGAUUAAAAGUUAAAGGAAACUAUUGCUUCCCAGGAUUUUCAAUAGUAUGUUUACUUAUACCCGAUAGUUAUUAAAUAUAUAUCUAUGAGGUGUGAAAAAUAAAAUAAAAUAUAGAAAUCCACACAUCUUUAUCCUGCCAAUGGGUGCCUCCAUCUUAGUGCCAUGACAAUCAUUGUAUUACCUCUGGAAGUUAUUGUAGAGAAUGCUUAAAAGACCACUAUAGUGCCAGGAAAACAUACUCGUUUUCCUGGCACUAUAGUGCCCUGAGAGUGCCCCCACCCUCAGGGACCCCCUUCCGCCGAGCUGGAUGGCGAGGAAAGGGGUUAAACUUACCUUUAUUCCAGCGCCGGGCGGGGAGCUCUCCUCCUCCUCUUCGCCUCCGAUCCUCCUCUUCGGCUGAAUGAGCAUGCGCGGCAAGAGCUGCGCGCGCAUUCAGCCAGUCUCAUAGGAAAGCAUUUACAAUGCUUUCCUAUGGACGCUUGCGUGUUCUAACUGUGAUUCUCACAGUGAGAAGCACGCAAGCGCCUCUAGCGGCUUUCAAUGAGACAGCCACUAGAGGAUUUGGAGGCUGGAUUAACCCAUUUAUAAACAUAGCAGUUUCUCUGAAACUGCUAUGUUUAUAAAAAAAAGGGGUUAAUCCUAGAGGGACCUGGCACCCAGACCACUUCAUUAAGCUGAAGUGGUCUGGGUGCCUAGAGUGGUCCUUUAAGUAGAAGAGGAGAAAUUAAACAAUGUUUGUAUUUCUCCUCAUUAAUGUGUACAAUAUGUGCCUCGCUGUUCUUGGAUUGAACUGGAUUGUAAUGUUAUUUUCUAAAAAUCAAAAGAAAAAAAGGAAAAUCCCUAAUCCAAAGUCUGUGGUUGAGUUUAGCCACAGACCGCUAAAGUACUAAAAUAGAGAAAUUAAAAGUCAUAAAUCAUUAUUGAAAUAUUAAAAGAAAUUUUUUUUUAGAAAUGUCCCAAACCCCAUUCUUCAUGAAAACACAUGAUGUACACUGCUACCCCAAGGGGGGGGGAAAAAACUACUAUAAUCUAAGGUGUAUAGGUAAUAACCUCCUAGUAUGUUCUAGGGCCUCUGCAAUCUGAGGCAUAAGGUAUGUAAGGUUUGUAAGUAUUAAACAUCUAGUAUACACUGCAGUAGGACCAUUACAAUCUGUAUUAUGUAAGUGUUAACCCCCUAGUAUACAGCAAGAUACUGAUAAAUAUACUUCUACUGUGGACCAGGGAGGUAUUGGAUAAGUGCCAAGACCAAUCAGGCUAAAUUGGAUACCAACAGAGUUGUCAAGUAAAGAAAAAACAUACUAGGAGAAGGGUAUUAUAUAUAAGUAGCUAGGAUGGAGGGGGAUAAAUGGGGCAGGUGGUAAGACCGGAGGCACCAAGUUUAUUGCUUACAGACAGCCCCCCAAUCAUAUCUAGCCCUGUGUACCUUAACGCAUGUGAGAGCACUCCUCAUAUCUCUGCAAUCCCUUAUUGCUUAGAUCAACCUAAGAGACAAAAAUACUGCAACAGGACCCUCAAGCCAAUCUGGCCCUAAGUACCUUGGCAUAUGUAGUAAUCUCAUUGUGCCUACAAUACCGAAUGCUAGCAUUUACCCUAGGGAGCAGGAAACACCACAGUGCUACCCGUUGUGAAAUAAUAAGCAGUAAAAGGUAAAGUAAAACACAAUGCGCGUGUCGGGGUGAAAACAGUGGUGUCAGGUAUAAAAAAAAAUAUAGCAUCUCCAUUGCUCAUAUUUAGCUUCUGGCACUUAAUUAGUCAUGAUUAUGCCCACCAAUGGUCGGCGACUAUGUGAUUAAGUCAUUAUUAGGGUCAUCCCCUCCUCCUGUUAAGGAAAAGGUUGGGAACCCUUAUCGGAAGUAGCUUUGUUAAUAUUGAUUGUUGUUGAGUGAGUGUCAUUAUUGAAAUCUUUCAUAUACAUUUAAAAGAAAAUGGGGCAUCACAUUAAAAAGGUUUACACGAGUUACAUAUGACUUUCAGUGUUUUAUUUAAUGGUGUAUUUUCUGAAAAGUAAAUGCUUUCCCUUUAAGAUCACAUACACAGCUGUAUUUUCCAUUUAGCAAAUGCUUAGAAAUUGACUUACAUUAUUGCUUAGAACAAUGGGUGUGACUACGUUUGCUUGAAUGCCAUGUUUACGUGGAACAUUAAUUUUGCAUUCUUCCAGUAUGAUAUUGAAAGUAAUGAUUAUUAGUUUGAAGAAUUUACAUGCUCCUGAUUUGAAAUAAAUUUGAAAGUAUCCGGGGGGAUGAAUUGAUUUUAUACUGGAAGAACUCAACUUUCACAUGCUGUAUAUAUUUUUCAUAUUCUCACCUACAGCUCAUAGAAUUUGUAACCUGCUUGAAAAACUACGAAUGUCUGGAAAAUCUAGACUUGACAAGCAAUGCCUUAGUGCAGGGUUAGGCAUCCUUUGGCACUGCAGAUGUCUUGAACUAAAUCUCCCCUAAUCAUGGGAGGUGUAGUCCACAACGUCUGGAGUGCUGAAGGUUGCCUACCCCUGCCUUAGUGGCUCUCCUGUCUCAAGGGACUUUAAUUUCCAAAAACGCAUCACUAUUCGAAAUCACCAAUCUGUGCUCAAGGUUGUUGUCCUCAGCACUGAAUGGAACUCCCUGUACACCAGUUGACUUAAAAGAUUACUCCAAGCACCAUGGUGUCUGGAUCUGUAUAUGCAGCGUUUCACUUUUAAAUGCUGCACAUAUUAAGUUUAUCCUCUCUGCUGCUGGAGGUGUAACACUAUUUCUGGCGGCAUCAUUCGGGUGUCUUUAUCCAGCCUGGAACAAGAGUUCUGGGCUGGCUAAUAUCAAUUCUGUGCAUAUUGCUGUGCACUGAAUUGGAUUUAUUGACACUCUCAGCCAAUAUAUGGCCAGUGGGAUCAACCACCAGAUGUUCUCAUCGGCCAUUGAGGAGCUCAGUGGGGACCCAGAUAAGAGGGCAAACCAUUGCAAAAUAGUUUGCCCCAUUGCUGGAAAACAGGGCCAGUAUACUCCUACCAUAAUUACAUAGUUACAUAAACUGGAAAAAGACUUGCAUUCAUCAAGUUCAGCCUUUCUCACAUCAGUUUUUUUUGCUGUUGAUCCAAAAAAAUGCAAAAAAUAUAUUUUGCAACAAACUAGGAAAAAAAUAAUUUUAACUCCUCAAAAAUGGCACUCAGAUCUCUGCUUGGAUCUAUAAGCUGUUACCCCAAAUAUUAAAAAUGAUGUCCCUGAAUAUUAUGUUUUUGCAAGAUUUCAUCCAGUUACUGUUUAAACAUCUGUACAUGCUCUGAUAAAACCACUUCUUCAGGCAGAGUAUGCCACAUCCUUAUUGUUCUUACUGUGAAGAACCCCUUUCCUUUGAAAUAUAUUUUCUUCAAUUCUAAGUCAGUGACCUUGUGUCCUUUGUAUAGUCCUGCUUAUAAAUAGGAUUGUAGUGGUGUUGGUACUUGGGAUAGCUCUUUAAAGCACCAUGGAACAAAUUCGGACUGUUUCAGUCAUGCAUGAUCUUCCUCUAUAUAAUAUAACUGAAAUGUAAAUGUAUUAAAAUGAUCAUUUAAAAAAGGAGCAAAGCAGAGUUGAGUGCUCUAUUAUCUUGGGCUGUUACCCCAAAUAUUAAAAAUAAUGUCCCUGAAUUGUAUGUUUUUGCAAGAUUUCAUCCAGUUACUGUUUAAACAUCUGUACAUGCUCUGAUAAAACCACUUCUUCAGGCAGAGUAUGCCACAUCCUUAUUGUUCUUCCUGUAAAGAACCCCUUUCCUUUGAAAUAUAUUUUCUUCAAUUCUAAGUCAGUGACCUUGUGUCCUUUGAAUAGUCCUGCUUAUAAAUAGGAUUGUAGUGGUGUUGGUACUUGGGAUAGCUCUUUAAAGCACCAUGGAACAAAUUUGGACUGUUUCAGUCAUGCAUGAUCUUCCUCUAUAUAAUAUAACUGAAAUGUAAAUGUAUUAAAAUUAUCAUUUAAAAAAGGAGCAACGCAGAGUUGAGUGCUCUAUUAUCUUACUAAUUUUUCAUACCAUUUGUAUGUUCAUCUGCCAGUUGGUUUUCAGUGCAAUUGGGUAUCCUAAGACACAAACCUUCCUCCAUACUUUCUGAACUACAGUAUCACAAGAGGGUGAUACAGGAAGACGUCUUGGUCAGUUUCCCUAAAAUUAAGAUUUUGACAGUAACCUACACUGCCUGCCAAUAUACACUGGGACAAGUUAUGUCCUCAUAAUAAUAUCUGUUGCUACUCUAGCAAUGAACAUUAUGGGUUCCAGCAUAAAGGACUGUGACAUGACUUGAACCACAAUUUCAGUGAAUCACUAAAUGGGUAUUGUGCAAUUUAACAUGCGAUUUGCAACUUUUAGGCAAAAAUGUAUAAUUUGGAAACAUUUUCUAGCUUUGUGAUUUACCACCUGUGCCAAUUUGUACCAAAAAAAUUUCAUUUGUCAAUUCUCCACAAUACCUGGUUUAUGUAUAACCUCCACAAGAGGACUCAAACAGCGCAGAUGGUCCUUUCUGACAUGUUUUUUUUUUCUCUAGGUGGUUUCACUAAAGGUUUGGAGAGCUGCAAAGGUUUUGCGCACAUGCCUUCUUAACAUCUCACCCACCUUGAUGCGUGAUCGAAAGCACCAUUUUCGCAGCCACAGGUACUAACACUACUUAAUCAAAUUGCUUUCUUCAUACGUAAAUUCAUAUGUAAGCUAUACAGAAUGUGACACUAAGCUAUUUGCAAAAAUGUUUUUUUCUCAUAGACAAUUUGAAGAAUUACAUUUUCUUUUAAAGUGUAUUGUCAACUGUGUGAUUACUGUUAAUCUUUAGGUAAAAUACAUUUAACUAACGUCACCCAACAAUUUAGAUGAUAGCACAGACAUGAACUCCAAUUUUAGGAUCUCUGGCUGUUAAGAGUAAUAGUAGGAUAACAGCCAGAGAACCUAAAAUUUGAAUCUUCAUCCAUAAGGCUGGAAUUGAAAUCUGCAUUUUCUGAAGUAUAUUGAUUAAAUAAAUCAAUUGAUUAGGCUGGUAGUAGUCAUAUAAAGCACAGAUGCAAUUGGGCUUGACAUGACUACAUUGACAUGACCUCAUGACCUCAGGUUCCUUUGGAGUUCAGGUGACCUUGAACACCAAACUUGACAAGGAAUCGUUGGUGUGUUGGGUGUGGGACCUGGUGGCUUGGUGGAGUGGACAAUAUAGAUAACUUUUUUUUAUGGCAGGAGUUUCUAAACACAAAUCACCAAUUAUAUAUGACUUCUUUAACUCUCUGCAAUUCAGUUUUUCAGAUAAUUCUUGGAGUUGUACUUAUUAUUCACAAGACAAUUGUUAAAUGCGGUAUAAAAAAUUUAUAUGAACAAAAUGAGCACAUCUCUUUUAGAAAUAGUUUUCCUUCAGUAGAUAUUUAGCUCAUUAUACCCAACUAAAUAGCACAACAUGAUCUCAUCUUUGAAAUUACAGAUAUACUAUCGUCAUUAUACCAGUCAUCUGAACACUGUUAUUUAUCGUUACCCUGUGUGGGGCUUUAUUACACACGAAACAUGCUAUUAUUAGACUGAUUCUUCUAAACACAGUGAUCCUCUGGGAUUAUAUUACUGUCAUAGAAAACUUUCAAUUUACGUACAUAUCAGUUACUGUAGGUAAUGUACUGCUGCAUUUCAAAUCUUCUAAACAGUCAGCAAAAUUUACUUAACAGAAUAAGAAAAUGCAAUUCUGUAUUUUUGUGGAACUUUCUUACUAAAAACAGGAGGCAUAAAAUAUUACAUACACAUGGCAUUAUAGUUCAAAUAUGUAACUUACCUGCAAGCACACAAAUAAAGCAAGUUAGACUAAAAUGAUAUACUGGUUCUAUAGAUUAACUGUCAUUCAAACUAUGACUAUAGACAGAACCAGUUUAUCCUAUGGUCAGUUUUGCGAUCUGUUCAGGGCCUAAAAUGGAGGAGAAGUCAGUUGGAGGGAAGAACGGUGUAGAGGAGAGUGGCAACUAUUCUUCAUUGCUUCAUUAUUAUUAUUAUUGGUAUUUAUAUAGCGCCAACUAAUUCCGCAUCGCUUUACAAUAUUAUGAAAGGGGAGGGGGGGGAUUUACAAUAAAUGAACUUCAGUGUUAUGAGAAUCCACUAUUGAAAGCACUUCCUUGGAUCUAUCAGUGGCCUAAAGGGAGUUUUUGAGCUGGAAUUACCCUCAGUUUUAAUAAAUUACGAUGUUAACAAAGAAAAAAGCUGAAAAAAUAUGUAAAAAACCUCUGAAGGUCCCCAAUUUUCUACUUUAAAAAUCCCCUUUGUUUUCAAAGAUAAGGAAGGGAGUGAGCUUUCUCAGGUAGUCCUCAAUCAGAAUGUGGUCUACAUCACUACAUUACCGUGGUGAUGGAGAUUACGUAACAUGUAAUUCAGCAGUUGCAAGUGGUUUUAUUUAUGAAAAUAGCAUAACUGGAAAUACUGAGCAAGCUAAGAGCAGCUAUAUUUAAUUCACAUUAUGUUAGGUAGAAAAUGAGUUUAGAAAGUUAUAUUUUUUUCUAUUAUGGCACAUGUAAUAUGGCAUCUGACAAUCAAAUACCAGAGACACAGUGCCAAAUUAUGACAAAAUUAAUGAAACCGACACAGAUAGUGUCACCUAUCAGACCAUCAGGUUUAGUAAGACAUUAGCUAGGAGAAAUGUCACACGUAGAACAGUUCUAUAAUUUGACCCUCUGAUGUUCUAUAAACCUAGCAGUUAUAUACUCUUGAUAAUUGAUGCAUUCAGAGAUUUACCAGUGCAUUAACCAGAUUAUUUACUACAAUGGCCAAUAUUACAAUAACCACAUAAAAAAUACAAUAUGCAAUCAAUAACCAAAGCAUUCACAGAAGCACGUGAUAGCAUUGAUUCAUGAAAAAUGUCAAAAAGCAUGUGCAAAUUAUACAGCAUGUAGCAUCAGCAUGGUCUUGUGAAAGGCUCUAUAGGCCAAAAAAUUGACACUACAUGCUGUAAAUUACCAGAUUUUACUAAUUACAUGACGUAAAGUCAUGAUUUUAUAAAGGACACGGAGGCGAGUAUUAGGCUUUAUCUCUUUCUUUAUUCCUCAGCAGCAAAGAAAGGAUAUUGAUAUUUUUUAAUAUAGCAAUAACAAAAAAAGAAAAAACAAAUACCCUUAAGGGUUAACCAUACAACAUUCCAUAUCCAUUAACCAAUAGGAUCAGUCCUUGUACUAUAUCUCUUCAUGUGAGGUACACUACUUCCUCUUUCUGGCUGACGCCGAAGCUGAACACAUCAACAAGGGGAACAACAUUUCUCAAACUUGGGUAAUCUUUCUUAGGGGUUCCGGUGAAUGUUCCAAAUAAUGUUGAGACAUUGGACGAUCCCGGUUCUGUCAUCACAGGGUUAAGCUGUAGGAGACAGAGAGAUAUAUGGUAAAAUAUAUUCAAAUAUCGUUGUCAUACAUAUAUGUUGUACCGGUCCGUAGACAAACGUUUAUAUCUGAAAACAUUGCUUGCGACAUUCUAGCAUAAAUCAGUCUAAAUCGCAAUCUUACCCUAGAACUUUGAUUCUAAACAUCCAAAAUGCUAUAACCUGAUUAUGAGCAAGUGGGUGGGAAAAAUACAUGUACGGCUUACCUUUCAGUGGGCGGGCUAAUACUCGCCUCUGUGUCCUUUAUAAAAUCAUGACUUUACGUCAUGUAAUUAGUAAAAUCUGGUAAUUUUAUUAAAGGACACGGAGGCUCUUAUUAGGCUAGUUUAAAGCUGUGAUAUGACCCUAGACGAGAUAUGUUCUGUUGGUCUAAAGUAGUAUUCCUUGAACGUCGAUUCUCGGGACCAGUCAGCUGUGCGGAGGAGGUCUUCCAGUUUACAUCCAAUGGAGAAUGCUUUAGAGGCCAUAGCGCCUCUAGUAGAGUGUGCUCCGUAAACGGCUGUGUCGAUGUUAGCACUUGACAUUAUCCAUUUCACCCAACGUGUCAGAGUUCCCGUGGAUACUGGUUGAUGAGGUUUCCUCACUGCCAAGAACAAAUUAUGUGUUGUUGGGUUCCGGAAUGGCUGUGUCCGUAAUUCAUAUUCCUGCAGGCAUGCUACCGGGCAGAGGUUAGCGUUGUGAGGAAAAGAGGGAUAGAAGACUGAAGUGGUGUUCGACUUCGUACGUCUGGUGAUAUUAAACAGGACACCAUCCGGUGUGAAUGAUCGUGCAUCGAUAUCUAAGGCCCUCACGUCUGAUACCCGUUUGCAGGAAAUUAAGCAUAGGAGCAUCGCCAAUUUUGCAGACACUUGCUUGAGUGUGAGGUUCGAGUUUGGGGGCCAGUCUUGCAACAACCGAAGGACCAUAUUCACAUCCCAUAGGGCCGUGUAACGAGGUUGUGGCGGACGUGCAAAUUUUAUGCCCCGUAGGAGACGACAGAUCCAUAAGUGCUUCCCAGCCGGGAAGCCUUCCCAACCAGUAUGCCCAGCUGAAAUCGCUGACCUGUACACAUUUAUGGUGCGAUACGCCAAGCCUUGAUCAUAAAGGGUAGUAAGGAAACCCAAAACCUGGUUUAUAGGAGCACGUAUGGGAUCCACGUGCCGUUCCACGCACCAACUACACCAUGUGUUCCAGGCAUGAGCAUAGGAACGUCUUGUCCCUGGGGCCCAAGCUCUGCCAAUAAUUCCAAAGUCGUUUGUGAAACAUUCGGCAUGGUCCAGGGUCCCCGGAGAGGAGCCAUGUUAGGAGUCUGAGAUGACCUUGCACCAGAAGUGGAUGAGAGUUCCCAUCGGGAUCUGAUAAUAAUUCCGUGCUCCCUGGAAUCAGUCUGGGGAGGUCGAUUGACAUUUCCAUGAGGGAAGGGAACCAUGGCUGUGCCGUCCAGAAUGGUGUUAUCAAAACCAACGAUGCUCGGGAGCGCUGUAGGUGUAGGAGAGUCCGCGCUAUGAGUGAGAAAGGGGGAAGGCGUAUAGCCUGGUGUUCGGCCAAUUUUGUAGGAAGGCAUCCACUGCGUGGCGUCUGGGUCCGGUCUCCAGCUGAAGAAUGAGGGGAGUUGAGCAUUCAGCCGGGAGGCAAAAAGGUCGAUGUGCAUCGGUCCCCAGAGUUAGUGGAGCUUCUGGAAUACUGUGCGAUUCAAUCGCCAUGCACUGUUGUCUCAUAAAUGCCUGGAGUGCCAAUCCGCUACGGUGUUGGAGAGGCCUGGGAGGUAUUCCGCCUGUACGGAUAUACUGCGACUCAGGCAGAAAUGCCAGAAUUCUUUCGCCAAGUUCGUGAGGAUUGAGGACCUCGUGCCACCCAAGUGGUUGAUGUAGCGGACGGCUGAGACAUUGUCCAUGCGCAGGAGUAUGGAACAAUUGGUCGUGUGUCUGAGGAGGCUCUGUAGGGCGAAUGACCCAGCCAGGAGUUCCAAACCAUUGAUGUGGAGUUCUUUUUCUUCGGAAGACCAUUUUCCACCUGUAGAGGUAGGACCACAGCGGGCCCCCCAUCCCAGUCUGCUCGCGUCGGAUUCUAUGACUAGAUCCGGAGUGGCGCCGUAGAUUGCCUUGCCGUUCCAUGCUUCCAUGUGUUGAAGCCACCAUGCCAGUUCCUCUUUUGCCGUGCAAUCUAGAGGUACAGAAUCUGAAUAAGAGUGACCCAAGCGUAGGUGGGUUGCCUUGAGUUGUUGUAGGGAUCUGUAGUGGAGAGGGCCUGGGAAGAUCGCUUGUAUAGAGGCCGCGAGCAGGCCAAUUAUCCUGGCUAGCUGUCGGAGGGUUAAGACUGGUCGAGCCAACGUCCUCCGGAUUUCCUUCUUGAUAAGUUUUACUUUUGCGGUAGGAAGACUGAGCGUUCCGUGUACUGCGUCUAUAUCGAAGCCCAAAAACUCUAUCGAGUGUGAAGGUUGUAGGAUCGAUUUGUCCCAAUUGAUUAGGAAACCCAGGUUUUGCAGAAGGGUCACUGUCCAGAAUAGGUGUUGAUUCAGUAGCUGUGUGUCUUGGGCCAUGAUCAGCAUGUCGUCGAGGUAUAUGAUCAGACGUACACCUCUGCUGCGAAGGAGGGCAACUACCGGUUUCAGCAGCUUGGUGAAGCACCACGGGGCUGAAGACAGGCCGAAAGGGAGGCAGCGGAAACGCCACAUCGUCUGUUCCCAUUGGAAUUGCAGGAAUUGUUGACAGUCCUCGGCAAUCGGUAUUGUGAGGUAUGCAUCCUGGAGGUCCAAUUUUACCAUCCAGUCUCCCAGUCUUAGUAGGUCUCGGAGGCAGUGUAUUCCUUCCAUCUUGAAGUGAUGGUAUGUGACAAAGGCGUUGAGAGGCCGCAAGUUUAUUACUGGCCUCAUGCCCCCACCUUUCUUGGGUACUAGGAAGAUGUUGCUUAGGAACUCGGGGGCGGUAAUGGGAACCCUGUAUAUCGCACAUUUUUCCUCCAGUGUGCGAAUCUCUUUUAACACUAGCUGUUUGUCUAGUGGGGAAAAAAUAAUCCGAUGUGGCAAUGAGAGUUGAAUCGGCUGUUGUGUAAAUUCGAUGUGAUAGCCGAGGAUGGUCUCUAGGACCCAUGUAUCUGAGGUUAGGUUGUGCCACGCAUCCUGGAAUUGAAACAAUCUGCCCCCCACAGGUACAAAGGGAAUGGUGUGUAAUGUGGAGUGACUCACCAUAAGGCCGACGGCCAUAGGAGGAUCCCCUGGUUCCGCGUGGAUGCCAUGAUCUGCCCCUGGUCGGGAAGAAAGGUGAUUGUGCCCUCGGUUCGGGUGGGUGGAACUGGGUUGUGGCGGAGCCUCGAUAGCCCUGGAACUGAGUCCGGGAGGGGCGGCCGGACAGACGGCCCCGCUGUCUGCCGGCCCCCCCGAAAACCUUUUGCGAGAACACUCGCUUCAUAUUAUGUUGUGCCUUAUCUAGUGCCGUAAAUGUGUUUACGUAAUUACCCAGGGUCUUAACAAAAUUGUCUCCAAAUAAGAGACCUUUUGCCUGUGUGCCAGGCUCGGAGAUUGCCAAAUGCACUAGUUUUGGCUCGAUUUUCAUCAAUAUGGCUUUACGCCGUUCCGUGGCCAAAGCGGUGUUGGCAUUUCCUAUUAGGCAUAUGCCCCUCUGAAUCCAGCCUCUGAUGGCCAUCAAGUCAAUUGGGGUCCCCCCAGUAAGGGCCGCUUCGACCAUAUCGAAGAUUUUAGCUAUAGGCCCGAGUAUGUCCAGGAUCUUGUCCUGGCAGUGUUUUAAGGAGUAGUCCAAACCCUUCUUGGCCCUCCAUCCUGAUUUACCCAGGAACUGGGCGACCUUGGGAUCCACUUCAGGGGUCACGCAGGCCAUGUCUGGGACAGUGGGCCUUGGGCAUUCCACCCUCAGUUUGCUUCUUGUGGCCUUGUUGAGGGGUUUUCUGACCCUAGUCGCAAUAUAAACGGCCACAUGAGUUGUGGGAUACCACUCCGCUGAACGCGGAUUGUGCAAGGUGUCGGGAUCAAAAAGGGGUUCCCCUUGGGGGUCUAACACAGCGGACUCAUCCGUCUCGCGCUCCGCGUCUAAAGCUGGAGGCGCGGUGUCGCUGUGUUCGGGGGAUGAAUUGUCUGAAUUAAUUGGGUCGAUGUCACCGGACCCAUCUGAUACCUCCUCUGAGUCCGAGUCGGAGUCGGACGGAUCAGAUAGGGCUUUUGCCCUCUUCCAAGUCCGCACCGUUUUUGCCCGGCGGGGGGCUCUUUUACGUGGGAGCACCACGUCAUCAAUCUCAACAGGGCGCAACCUGUCCGUCUUACUGGUUCUGGAGGUAGCACCUGACAGAUGGUGCGAUUUACACGUAGCCUUGCGGCCGCUAGGGACCAUUGGCUUGCUAUCACUGGAUAUAGGGGGUGCCGAGCCCGGGUUGUGACCGGAUGCCCUAAUAGCAGAGGAAAUAGAGUGGGACAGGGUGUCCGACAUCGCCCCCAUGGCGGUAAAAAUGGCCUGUGUAACAGACCUACUCAUCGUGGCAUCUGAGUUCACGUGCUCCUGGGAUGCGUCCCCAACUCCCCCAAUGACAGCAGCAUCUGUAGACAGGGCUGCCUUAUCACGUUUGCUGGGUUUAGUAGAGGUGGGAGGGGGGGUAACUGUUUAUCAGCAGGGGACUGCAUAGUGAUCAGGAAUGUGCACAGUAACAGUAUAGGGAGAAAGGUACUGAAAUAAAACUGUCACUUUUGGACAAAAUGCACACUGGCAGCACUGCAGAGGUUAAUAUAUACCAGCAGUAUAAGGCAAGUGGCUGAGCACUAAACUAAAAGUAAAGGCAGGCACAGUUAUACAGGCACAAGUAUUCUGGCACAUAUAAUAUGGCAGCUUACCGAGUGUUCCCUCAGGAAUGACUCCUGGGGGACACUGGUAAGCUGCCCAAUACUUCCCUCACCCAAUCAGCUCGCGCCCCUCCCUGUCAGAGUGGCGUGGACCGCGGGCGAAAAGAGCGGCAAAAUUGCCCUCAGUUAAGAUGGCCGCCGCGAUGCGCGAGUGUGGACCGCGCAUGCGCGAGCGGCGGAAAACGGCCGCCAAAGUAACAGCCGCCCGUCCGGCGGAAAAACGGCUCGUUCUGGGCCGGAGGGGGUGAGGGGGGGAUGCCUGAGCGACCCCCACCCGGGGAAGUGGAAGGGGGGACGGGUUAUAAACAACCCGAAAAAACGGCAGUGCAGGAUGGGGCUUGCCUCAGGGAGGAGGCAAGCACCCUGCACUGGGAACAAGAGGAAAAGUAAACAUCAGUAAAAUACACAAAAAAAUGAAAAUAAUAGACAAAAACAAAACAGCAGAUAUCUAAAAGAAAUUAAUAAAUAAUAAUAUGAAUCAGGAGAAACAGAACAACACAAUAUGUGAGGAGUUGAAAAAUAUGUGGUACUUAGCUGAGGCAGCAGCAAAGAAAGAGGAAGUAGUGUACCUCACAUGAAGAGAUAUAGUACAAGGACUGAUCCUAUUGGUUAAUGGAUAUGGAAUGUUGUAUGGUUAACCCUUAAGGGUAUUUGUUUUUUCUUUUUUUGUUAUUGCUAUAUUAAAAAAUAUCAAUAUCCUUUCUUUGCUGCUGAGGAAUAAAGAAAGAGAUAAAGCCUAAUAAGAGCCUCCGUGUCCUUUAAUAAAAUUGGAUACAAUAUGAUGAUUGCAUUUAAUUAAGUUAAAUAUACUCAUACAUUACAACCUUCAUUUAAUACAUCUGGAUAAGCUUUUCAAAUAACUUAUUUUUUAUUUUUUUUAUAAACCUUUAAAAUAAUUUAAUAUUUUGAUAUUUUUUUAUAUAUAUUCUUUAUCAUUGUUAUUCUUUUUAUUUUAGUAUUUAGAAAUAAUAGUUUUUAAAGUGUAUCCAAACAUAUUAAAUCAUUUUAAAAGCUUCUCCAAAAUAUUAAAUCAAGGGCUAUAUAUAAUCAUAGAUAACCGGAUUUAAAGUUAAGUGAGGAACCCUGCCUAGUCGUUUUGGAAUUGGUUGUGUUCCACUGCCCAGCUAUACUUUACUUGAUUUUGUUUGUAUUUUUGCUUGAUUUAUUAUUAUCGGGCAAAUAAAAAUUUAAUUCACUGGAAUUAAUUGUGACCUCUUUAUUUAUUUUUGUUUUUAAUGCAAACAUUUUAAUUAAAAAACAGAUAAUAAUUAUACCAAUAAUCAUUUAUUUUUCACCAAAAGAAUGUCCUGUGAUAUUUUAUAUGCUUAAUUUCAUAUAGCCAUUUUCUGUAAAUUUUUAUUAUAACCAUAUUAAUAUUUGUUGUAUUUAUAACAUACAACAUAGCUUCCCACAAGGAACUUGGCAGAAUAAAGAUACUAGCUGUUAGCUUUAGAAUAUUUUUCAAAGAAUGCUUGUCUUGUGGAUAUACCCAUGUUAUUAUUGUAUUGGCCUCUCAUGGAUGAAGCAGAUGUAUUUGUUUAUGUUUAGGCAAGUUCUUGUCUGUCUUCCCCGCAGGCAGUGCUGUUCAGGAAAAGAGCUUGUGGAUUGGCUAAUGUCCAUUGGCUCAGGUCUUCAAUCGCGAAGCCAAGCUGUGGGGAUAUGGCAGGUGCUGGUGGAUGAAGGAGCACUGGUGCAUGGUAAGAGAGGUGGACAUAUGUUAAGGACAUUCUGAUGUUUUCCUAACUCUCAGUUUGAGACAGAACUUCACAUACAGCCAUUUUCACUACACAGAUCUGCACACGUUUGGUUUGUGUGUAUAAAUAUGUAUGUCAAUAUAUGCUAAUUUUUUAAAACAUUUUUAUGAAAGCCAAAUGAUGCCUAACCCUUGCUGUUUAUGAAUAAAACAUGUUAAAACAUGUAUCUUAUGUACAUAUAUCUCUUGUGCAGAGAGAACUUGUAUGAAAGCUAAGGGCAAAUUAACCCUGCUCACGCCACAUUGCAAGCAGUAGGAAUUUAAAUCCCCAUUCAAAGGGCUGUACACAGAGCUCUCUUUGAGUGCUGCAUACAGCUCAUCUGUCAGUUUGGGGACACUGAAAAUGGCCACAGCUGCAGAGUGGAGCCCUAGGUAUUGACUGAUACCUGGUACGCCUUGGUGUGAGUAUUUAACUCUGCUCACACCAAAAUUGUAGGACAUGUCAAUAAAUGGUAACAGCAUUAACGGCAUUAAAGCUCAUUAUAGUUAGAGCGUAAUGACUUGUCCUAACGUCAUGAAGGGAUUAAGAGCACAAUAAGUCACGAUCUCUUCUCAUUGCAGUGAGGCAAGAACCAAAUUUUCAAGAUAAGGAUUCACAGUUUUAUCGAUUCUUCAAAGUAGAGCAUUUUCUGGAACCAGCAUUAAAUGAUAAAGAUAUGGAAGAUGAACUGCAUGAGUCCCUUGUAUUCUUGGCACAGCUGGGGCCAGCAGCCUUGCUUACAAUGAUUCUUCGUAAACCGUAAGUUGACCAGAUUUAAAAAGAGCAUCUCCAUUGCCUUCAAUAGGGGUUCCCCUUCUAUUUUUAAACUCUACAUGUAACAUUUCCAAACUAAGUAAAAUAUUCUAAUCUAUCAUUUAUUGACACAUUUAUAUCUCCAUGAUGUCACAGUGGUCACAAAAAUCCCUUCCAAUACUUUUCAACAGCACUUCCAUUAUCAGUUCAGUUGAAUGUUCCCUUUACUUUGCAAUAAACACUCACCUUUAAGCAAUUGCAAUGGCUCCAAAAAAGAGAUUAAUGCAUUAACGGAAUCAUCUGAUACUGUACAAAUUUAACUUGUCCAAACUUAGCCAAUACCCUAUAUAUUGUGAAGGUGUUUAUGCAAUAACCAAACACAAUAACUGCUAAGGCACACGUUACCUCUAAGAAUAAUUUCAUAGAAAUCAAGAAAACAACAAUAUGGCGUUUGUCAUUGUUUGAUAUCAGUGAUGCAAGUAGCAGAACUGAAAACUAGAGCUAUUUGUACCACAGGCCGAACAUAUUGCAAUCUCUCUAGUGCUCCACCUUACAGUGCUGAUAGCUGUGCCGUUUGCCUUUUGUAACUAAUUCUUAAAUGACUUAAAAAUUGAGUCUUUGUGACCACAUAUCUUACGUUAAAAAUAAUUUCUUUUUCUAAGCACCCAUCAUAUGUCAGAUUUGUUCCAAUAUUUAUGGUUUCUCUUUCUGAUCGCCAGUCCUUAUCAACGUACUGAAGAAGAGCUGGAGGUGAUAUUUGAAGAAUUACUGCACAUCAAAGCAAUUUCUCAUCUUUCUAAUUCGGUUAGUAUCUCAGUAUAAACACAUUUACCAUAUUAUCCUUUGUUUAAAACAAUUCUAGUAUUAUUCUUCCUUUUUUGAUUAAUACAUUAAAGAGUACCUGGAAGAUAAAUAUUGUACAACUAGCCUUAUAAUAUAUAUUUUCAAAACUAAACAGCAAUCAUAAUCUGAGAUUUUUUACUAAACUGACAAAUUAUGAAUUCAGUUUUGUACUAAACUACAGAAUUUAGAUUUUUAAAUAUUUAUAUGGUUAUGCAUUUCUUGUGACAGUUCCUGUGUGAUCUGAUAUCACCAAUGAUAGUCAUUACGGUUAUUUUUGGCACGAGCAAUUAAAUCGAUAAUAGCAUGUGUUAUAUUAAAAUUAUGCUCCAGGUGAAGAAGGAGUUGGCAUCCGUCUUGGUGUUUGAAUCUCAUACAAAAGCAGGAACAGUGUGUAAGUACAUUGCAUCAUAUAAUUGACAUUUUUUUUAAAUGAAAUAAAUGGUGAUUUAUGAGGACAGACUGAUAAAUCUAUUCAGUAAACAUGGAUCAGACUUCUUCCUGCCCAUAGUGUCAGUUUGUCUUUUAUGUACAAAGUUUUUAUUGUGUCAACUGUUAUGUAAAUUGUCGCAAGAAUAAAAAUAACUAUAACACAGUGUGUUGGCAAAAGUAAGUUCGUCAUUCUUAUAAAAUAAUUAAACACUUAUCUAAUUUAGCGAUUAAACUGUCCUUUGUCACAUCCAGGUUAAUUUAGCAAUAUAUCUGCUGGGGAUUCUGAUAAGGCUGACUUCUAUUAACAUCUAAUCUGACUUGUAUAUUCUACAGAAAAUCACUGCAUGUGUUUUAAGAGUCAGUGGCAGCUAAAUUGAAGGAAUCCCUGAGCUAUUUUGUGAAUUCCACAUUGUUAAAGCUCAGUGUUUUGAGAAUAACCCCCUGGUGAUUUUCCAUUAUUAUCAAGAAGAAGCACAGAAUGACACCCCAGGGAGAAAAACAAUUAUGGCAUCUGCUGAUUUGUAUUUAACCUUCUCAAUGGCCUCUUUAAGUCCUAGGCUUGGAUGCCUACAAUUUAAGCAAGGGCGCAGUUGUCUACAGGUAUAUCACAGAAUUGUGUGUGAUAUACCAAAGUUGCAAUCUCAGACCACAAAUAUUCUUUAUUUAGCUAUGAAAUAAAAGCUAGAUUCACUUAUGUAUUUGAAAACAGUGAAAGCCAAAUGAAUCAUUCCAAAUUAAGUAAUACCGUCCGUAAUAUUAAAAACAUAUAUACAUUUCUUUUUUUUUUCUGUGAAUUUUCCAGUAAUUUCUAGUAAAAACAAAAAGUGUAAAAAGGUGGGGAUUUUAUUACAAAAGUUAGGGUAGAAUUUAAUUAACAAAAAACAAAUAUAUGCACUAAGUAAGCAAUAUUUUCCUUGAAGAAAAGGGAUUAACUUGCAACAAUGUGUGAUUGAAUAUUAAUUUGUAAGCAGAUUGCUGUCGUAGUGAAAUAAGCUUGUAACAGGCUUGAAGCUACGUGCAGUUUGUUGUAAGUAAACACACAAAUGACAGAUUGCCUUGUACUUUUCUGUCUGCAUGCAGUGUUUAGCCAAGGUGAGAAAGGCACUUCCUGGUACAUCAUCUGGAAAGGAUCAGUGAAUGUAGUAAUUCAUGGCAAGGUAAGGCCAACUUUAUCAAGAAUGUUACAAGACACUGUUAUUGUUUUAUUUUAGACUCAUUAUUUUCAACAGCGCUAACAAUUCUUCAGCACAAAUCAGAUCAAAAAUUGAAGACAGCAAAAUAAUUAAAACUUCUGAAACAAUCAAUGCUUGGGCAUUAAGCAUAUGGAAUGCACAGAAAAGUAAAAUUCGAAAACCCUCACUGGUUUAUUCACGAACAUGUGAAUUAUUGUGAAUUCAAAGUGAAUUUCACUUUGUCCUGUCCUGCCAUCCUCACUUUGUUCCCUGGUGUCUCGCUUUUAGGGACACCAGGGAUCGUAAAGUAAGGAUAGUGUGAGCGAAUCAUUAUGCUCCGGGCACUAGGACUACAUAACAGCGCUCUCUGUAUAGUCCGUCCUUAGUGAGCUCGCAUGCCUGCCUAUUCUUCACACAGACCUUUCCAGGUUGACCCUCUGUUUUCCUCUGUUUUCUUUAAACAGGGCUUGGUCACAACCCUUCAUGAAGGUGAUGAUUUUGGACAACUGGCACUCGUGAAUGAUGCCCCGAGAGCAGCUUCCAUUGUCUUGCGUGAAGACAACUGCCAUUUUCUGCGUGUAGACAAGCAUGACUUCAAUCGCAUCCUCCGGGUCAGUGUUUUCAUACAAACCCUGUUUGACUUAGUAGUUGUCAUCUGAUUUGCAUUGUUAUAUCUGAUUUACAUUAAAUGUACAAUGCAGACAAUGGUUCAGUUACAACAGAAAACCACUGUCCUAAUGGCCUAAUAAAAGCCUAACUAAAUAUGGUUUCUUACACAGGAUGUGGAAGCCAACACAGUGCGUCUUAAGGAACAUGGCAAGGUGGUUCUAGUUCUUGAAAAGAUCCCGCAGGUUUCUGGAAACAAUUCUCAAACAGCUGUGUCUGGCAAUCACAAGUGAGUUUAUUCCAUUUGCAGAAGAAUGAAUCUCUGGUUGAUAUGUUUAAGCGCUUCCUUAGUGAAAAUUGAAGAGAAUCUCAUGCACUACAAGGAUCUGCGCAUCUUCUAUAGUUCAUUGUAGAAAGAGUUCUUUUCUCUCUGUAUUUCUUCAAUCUGUUCCUAAAAUUCCCUGCACACCUCAACUCAAUUAUGUUUCAUAGGACAGUAUGCCAUUACAUACAAUUCUUGUAAUGUGUGUAUUGUAUACAAGUUCUUAUCAACAACUUGUAAAGGGACUUAUACAUUUAAUGGGAAACGUAUCCACUAUUCCAGGGGUAGGCAACCUUCGGCACUCCAGAUGUUUUGAACUACAUCUUCCUAUAAUGCUUUUAAAGCCAUAAUGCUAACAAAGCAUUAAGGAGGAUGUAGUCCAAUGUAGAAAUCUAAAUUAAAUGAAAAGAAGAGAUUGGGUGCAGGUAAAAGUGAGUGUUUUUUGCAAAAUGGUGCUUGCUCUAUAUUAUAUUAUUAUCGCUAUACAGCCUGUCAAUGGAGCUUACUGACAGUUUGUAUUCUUUGCUUUCUAGAUACACCGUAAUGUCUGGGACAGCCGACAAAAUUCUAGAACAUUUGUUGGAGAACAUGAGGUUGGAUUCAACACUUAAUAAUCUAGAAGGUAUGUGGAGAGAUAACAUUACAUCUGGCACUGCAAUUUCUCUGUUUGGAAAUAACAUCACAUAAUGUAAGAUAUGGAGAAAUAAACUGUCAGUGACCAAUUACAUUAUUUAUCGCAUUAUUUAUUUUACUUUAUAUAUUAUUUUACAUAACCUUUAAACAAAUUUUAAAUUAGUUCUUAAAGGUUUCAUCAUUUUUGCUACUACAUUUAAUUUAACAAUUAUGUUACAGUCUUGUAGUUAUUUUACAUGUUAUCUUUCUAUUAUACUUUUUAGAACUAUGAAUUGUGGUUGGCAGAAUUUUAUAUUUUCUCGUAUUUUCUGUGAACACUAAUAUUUAAAUGGUAGAAAAAAAUUACAAUUGUAACAUACUAUUUGAAGUUUUAGCUGUCUUUGGUGCAAAUAUUUAUUUGAUGCACCAUUUUCCAGGUUAGAAAGGAACCAGCUCUCAAAGGGAGAAGGUUUCAGAAAUAGUUGGUGGAGUCGAAAGGUUCCGUUGUUGUGAUUAAUAAGGCACCCUUCGAAUGCAAUGUCAGAUCAUAUUUGACUGUUUUGGAGGUGGUUCUCUGGACUUCAGUGCACCAUAAGCAUUCAAUUCCUCCAUUUUUUUUUUUUUUUUUGCUAAUAGGUAGACAACAUUUAACUUGCAAAGACUAAUGAGAGCUGAUAUGUUAUGACAACAUGUGACUACAGGAUACACUUCGCUAAUGACAUUUUCAUUUAAUUUACAGAUUCUUUUGUUGAAGAUUUCCUCCUGACUCACAGUAUAUUCAUACCAACACCUCAGCUGUGUCAAGCUUUGCUUCAUCAAUAUCCUAACAUCAUGUGUGUGUUCUAGAAUUGAAUAUUGAACAACCUUAAAUCUGAUUAUCAAUAUAAUCCGCAUAGAACAGACCAGGUUUUCCAGGUUGUUUGUACAAUGUAGGUUUGUAGGAUAAGGGAAAGAAAUUGUGGCGAAAAAAAAUUAUAUUCUGUUCCUAGAAUUGAAAACAUGGUGUACUGUUCCUUAUAUACAAAAGAGCAUUAAACUAUGAGUAGAAGUUAAACAGAGUCUGUGCUAUAAAAUACACACGUAGCCCCAUUAGGGAUAUGAUCCAGAUCUAGAAUGUGCCUAAGAUCAACAGCAGCUGCUACUUUUCAAGGUUCCCUCUAGAUUUGGCAGACAUAGUAAAGCUCUCAUUGUAGAGUUCCUUCUAAAUUUGGCAGACAUAGUAGAGCUCCCAUUGUAGAGUUCCCUCUAGAUUUGGCAAACAUAGUAAAGCUCCCAUUGUAGAGUUCCUUCUAGAUUUGGCAGACAUAGUAGAGCUCCCAUUGUAGGGGUCGGCUCUGGAGGGACACUCCAGACUGGACUCCUACAAUGCUUUAACUUGCUGACGUGCUUUCUGUGUGAGAGUUUCCUCUUUUUUAACUUAAAAAAGUGCAGAUUUUUCAAGUUAACCUUGUUACACCCCCUUAGAUGUCAAGCUGGAUAACAAGACCUGCUAUUUCCUGGAGUUUAGCUCAGUAGAGUUAAACUCAAGAGGCAGACAACUGUCCAGACCAGAGCACUUCGCUUGCAAAGUCUCUUGCUAUUUCAAAAAUUGCAACACUCUUAAAUGUUUCUAAGAAUUCAGGGAACAACAAAUGGAGGGAUAAGGUUGACCAACCCUUGUGCAUGGAUGUAUUUUUGUUGAUAUGAAAUUGACCUUAACAGCUUAUCAGGUUCCAUGAGGAAUUAUCUGAAGAUAAUGAACCUGAAAAGGCAACAUAUUCACUUAACAAGAGACAGAACACCCUACGACUUGUUAGUUUAUGGGUCUCCCUUUAUGGGAGACUAUUGCAAGCUGAGCCAAGUGUUAAGAGUUUACUGGAGGUAAGUAGAGAACUUUGUUGAAGUCCAGCCCAAAUGAGGACACUUUGAUUUAUGUUCUGUUCAUUUCCUUUUAAUUAAAAUAAAAUGGAAACACCUUUCUAUUUUGACACAUAUAUUUUUAAAUUUUAAUCUGCUUAAUUAUAGCAUAUAAUGUCUGUAAUCCAAUUGACUAUUUUACAAACAAACUACAAAAUUUAAAUAUAUAUAUAUAUAUAUAUAUAUAUAUAUAUAUAUAUAUAUAUGUUAUUAUUUAACCAGGGAAGGUAUGGUUAGUCACUAGUUAUCAAGUAUGUCCUGAGGUCUAAUAUACUGAUAGACAUGUACUGUCUACUUUUCCCACAUUUUCCUUGAAACACAGUACAUACUAUAUGUAUGUAGAUGUUUACUUUUGCUUUAAUAUCACAUGUGGACAUCCAGAAGUGGCAUGAGAUUGUAAUUAAUUGGUGAAUGCACAACCACUUGAAUGCAUCAAUAUAGAGCAGAACAAAGGACACAUAAACACUUUGCAAACUAUAUCUCUGCUAUAGGGCACUAACUACUUUACAUCUUUAAUUAAUGGUUGGAUAUAUUUAAACACACACACACACACACAUAUGCACGCACGCACACGCACGCAUGCACACACACACACACACACACACACACACUCUGUCUCCAAAUAUGGUCGCAACAAAAGGCUUUCCAAAUGAUUCUUCUAAUACUUGCCUUGAUUUAAUAAUCUUUCCGACUGAUUCAAUACUGUUUGGAAAUUUUUGUAGAUAAAUUAUUUGGAAAUCUUUUCUAGCAGAGUUGAAUUAGUCGGAAAGCUUAUUAAAUCGAGACCUAUGUUGAAAAACAGUACGAUUGUUUGAAUUGCUUUCUUUUCCACGUUCACAGAAACUUUCAGAGUACAUCAGCAGAGACCCUCGUCUCCUUGGGAUAUUAAGGGAAAAUCUGCAAGAUCGAAAGAAGACCAGAAUGUAAGUAUUGAUAAGCUACUGUAGACCUAUCAAAAAACAAACAAAACUAUGAAUAAGCAGGUACACUGAUUUAUUUCUAGAUGCGUAAACACUCUGGGUUAUUUACUUAAGUGUGAUUUGUCAGGAAUUUAAAGUGAAAUCAAAGUGAAUUUCAAUUUCAGUCCAGAAUAGAUGAAUUGGAAAAAUGAUCCAAAUCAGAUAUAGGGUUAAUUCGGCUGUUUUGGACCACAUUUUUAAUUUUUCUGUUACUUCACUUUGUGGUUUGUUUUUUUCCACUAAACACCACAUUUUUUGUGAAUUGAUAACUGAAUGAAAAACUUUGACCUAAAAAAAAUAAAGGAUGUAAAUAAAUUCUCCAACUCGUCAAUAGUCGCAAUUUAGCCAUUGUAGCCUAACCUUUGCAUUUUGGUUUUCGAUUCUCGGCAUAUAGUGAAUAAAACCCAUUGUGUAUGUUUUCCAUAUCUACAUGGUCCAUAAUACCAAACACCCUUCAAUUUAAUCUUAUAUGUUUGAUUACAUUGUAAAUAUUAUGUUUCACUGGAAUAGGUCCAAUCACCUUUUAAAUUACUGUCAAAAUGUAUUUUUUUUUAACCCUUUAUGGACGGAGCCAAAUGUACACCUUGUGAACAAAACAAAAUGAAAACAAAACCUGGCAUUUGCGCUACAUGUCUGUCCAACCGUAAUUCACCUCUUUCAUAUUAAAUGCACCCACCCUUAUUAUAUAUAAUUUUUUUCAGGGGAAACAUGGCUUUCAUUUAAUAUCAAAUAUUUAGCUAUGAAACAUAAUUUAAUAUAAAAAAAUGGGAGAAAAUAAGAUUUAAAAAAAUUUUUUUUAGUUCUACAUGACAUUUUAACUGUCAAUGUCAUAAUACUGUUUGCUUUUACUGCAAUAAAAUACACAUAUUUGUAUUCAGCAAAGUCUCACGUGUAAGACAGUACCCCCUAUGUACAGGUUUUAUGGCAUUUUGGGAAGUUACAGGGUCAAAUAUAACACGUUACAUUUGAAACUGAAAUUCGCCAGAUUGGUUACGUUGCCUUUGAGACUGUAUAGUAGCCCAGGAAUGAAAUUUACACCCAUAAUGGCAUAUCAUUUGCAAUAGUAGACAACCCAAGGUAUUUCAAAUGGGGUACGUCCAGUCUUUUUUAGUAGCCAUUUUGGUCAUAUAUAUAUAUAUGAUCUAAGUAUAUAAUUUUUUUUUUUUUUACACUUUUAAUUUAAUUUUAUUUUAUUUCCAGCCAGCAGGGGGACUACCUGUCAUUACAGGCAGCACCCCUGCUGGCAAUGCAGCAGCCAGCUAUCCCGGCCAUGUGAUUGUGAGGUCCUCGCAAGGACCUCACUCUCACAUGGCCGGGGGGGGGCUGCAGGACGGAGGAUCCGCCGCGGGGGGCUCCCUGGGAGUCCCCCCAACCGGGUAAGUAAGAAAAAACCGGAGGGCAUACUAUUACGCCCGGCGGCGUUUAGAGCCGCCUAAAAUAGGGCGUAAUAGUACGCCCUCCGGUCUUAAGGGGUUAAUGAAAUCUUGCUUUUAAGUAUAAGAUGAGGUAAAUAUAUUUUUUCAAAAUCAGCAAUCAUUUGAUACUCAUAAAAAUGUACUCCAAGUACCAUGACCACUUCAGUAACUUGAAGUGCUCAUAAUGCUUGAUGUAAGCAGUAAGAAACGCUGCAGAUACUCAGAUUCAGAACUUUACUGCUGGAGACGUACCACCACCUCCAAUUGUACCUGGCCGCUUAAGUCAGCUCUACGUCUGUUGCCAGUACGAAUUGCAUUCUGGUGACAGAUGACCAAUGGUGGCAUGCUCCACCCCAUGCCAACUAAGUCCUACCUCAGCCCAGGCGUAUGUAAAUCCCUCCAUCUGCAGUGAAGGGGAGUAACAUUACUGAAGAAAGAUCAGGCUACAGGCUUGGGAUCUCAGGUAUGUUGUACCUUUCUUUUUUUUUUUUGGUGGGGGCAUGCCAGAGAGGGUUAAUACACCAAAAACAGUUUUUUAUCAGUACACUACUUUUGCUGUUUUUGUGUGGGGUAACCCAUUAAAUGCCAAUUUGUCUGUUUUUGCUUUAUAUUUAUUUAUAAAAUAUUUUACCAGGAUUGAUACAUUGAGAUUUCUCUUGUUUUUAAGUAUUUCCUGGGUCCACAAAGCAUUGCAUUGUUACAAUAGGAUACAAUAUUACAAAAAUACAAUAUACAAACUAUAUAUAUAUAUACAUAUAUAUAUAUAUAUAUAUAUAUACACACACGUAUACAAAUUUAAUAUAUAACAGGUAAUAAAUAUAUUCAACCAUGGCAGGUGCAUUAUUUGCUGAGGUAUAUUGCCAUAGAUCUCUUAAAAGAUUUUAGAUUGAAUGAAGAUUUGACUGUGUCCCUGAGGUUAUUCCAUAAUUGUGGUGCUCUGUAGGAAAAGGAGGAUCGAGCCACUUUAUUUUUGUAUUGUGGUAUGCUAAAUAUCGUGCUAGUACUGGAUUGGAGGUUAUAAGAGGUGGGAACAGCCGGGGUGAGCUUUCUACUCAGGUAGGGUGGGAGCUUCCCAGAAAUGCUCUUAUACACAAGGCUGGAAAGAUGAAGAGUGCGUUGGGAUUCCAGCGACAGCCAGCUUAGCUCUUUUAACAUGUCACAGUGGUGGGUAAAGUAAUUACAUUCUAGUACAAAGUGGCAGAACGAAUUAUAUAUCGUAUUACGUAUAUUAAGGUGGGUUUGCGGUGCGGGUGCAUACACGACAUCCCAGUAAUCGAUGACCGGCAUUAGCAUUUGUUGCACUAUCUGUUUCCUUACUGUAGGCCUUAGGCAGGAUUUUUUUCUGUACAGGGCACCUAGUUUUGGGUAAAGUUGUGAAGAUAUUUUUUCAAUGUGAAGGCCAAAGGCUAGAUUGGGGUUUAGCAACAUACCUAGAUAUUUAAAAGAGCAGACUUCUGUCAGUGUGCUAUUUGAAUUUGUUCUGAUACACAAUUCUUGAUUUUGUAGUUUACGUAAUUUAGGUACAGUUCCAAAGAUCAUUGUAACGGUUUUGUCAGUGUUUAGGAAGAGUUUGCUAUCUUCCAUCCACUUUUCUACCUCUGUGAAUUGGUUUUGGAGCACACCCUCAAGCUGCGGUAGCUUGGGUUUACUAGCGUAGAUUACAGUGUCGUCUGCAUAUAUGUGUACAGUUGAGGAUUUGCAGACGUUAGGCAGAUUAUUUAUAAAUAAUGUGAAUAGCAGGGGGCCGAGUAUGGAGCCUUGGGGAACACCACAUGUAACUGGAAGAGGGAGGGAAGAACUGUCAGAAAUGGCCACAAAUUGCAAUCGGUUUGAAAUAUACGAUCGAAACCAGGUUAGCGGAGUUAUUAAGUUUUUGCAAAAGAAUGCCAUGGUCUACUGUGUCAAAGGCCUUGGCAAAAUAGCUCCAGUUAAGUCUCCUUGUUCCAUGCCAAUUUGGAUGUCAUUGCAAACUUUUAAGAGGGCAGUCGAAGUUGAGUGAUUUGGACAAAAGCCUGAUUAAUCAGGGGUCAGAUAAUUUGAUCGUUGAUAAUAUUCACAUAGUUGCGUUUGGACGCAUUUUUCCAAGAUUUUUGACAAUACAGGGAUCAAUGAUAUCGGGCGAUAGUUAGAUACCAAAGUAUAGUCACCACUUUUAUGGAUAGGUACAACUUUUGCAGUCUUCUAAAGUUUAGGUAUGUAUCCUGAGAUUCAUUGAUAAGGGUAGUGACAGGUUUAGCAAUUGCUGGAGCAUUGAGCUUCAGCAACAUUGCUGGGAUUUGAUCUGGUCCACACUGGUUUUUCAUUUUUAAAUUAUUAAGAUGUUUAUUAGACACACUAACAGGCACAGGUCUAAAAUUGAAUUUCUCUAAAUGAGGAUUUUGAAGAUUUGGCAGGGCCUGAUCUUUAUUUGCGGUCUGAAAAUUUGUGUAAUUUGUUAUCUUGGCAACCAGUAUCACAUCCAACAAAAUAAUUAUUAAAGGAAUUUGCUACAUCUAGGGGGUGUUGCCGUGUUUGGUUGUCCAUUUUGACAGUGGAGGGUUUCGGAGUGGAUUGUGGGGGUUUGUAUGCUAUUUAUGAUUUUCCAGAAGUUUGAUAGGUUGUUCAAAUUUUCACUGAAAUAUUGGGCCUUUGCCAUUUUUGUUUAUUUUGUUCAUGCAUUUCACCAAUGUCUGUAAGUACAGUGAUCGGUUAUGGAGCCAGUAUGCUUUAACUUUGACCACAGUGAAUCUCUAAACUGGAACAUUUGAAUGAGGUCAGCUGUAACCCAGGGCAGUUGUGUCCCUUUUAGUCGCACUUUAUGCAGAGGGGCAUGCAAAUUUCAAACAAGCAAGAGCUCGGACUAAAAAAAUGCAAUUGCAGAGUCUAGAUUUGGUAUUAGACCUAAUCUGUGCCAUGGUAUGUUCUUGAGAUCAUUUAAAAAGGAUUCAAGAUUACAUUUUUUGAAAGACCUGGUGAUUAUAAUCUUGGGAGGGGAUUUAGUGGCCUUUAUUUUGCGUAUGCAGUACACUAGACAGUGGUCACUGAAACUGGUAGGGAGAACGCCUGCCUCCUAGAUUCUGUCAGGACAACAGAAGAGAAUCCAAUCAAGCAAGGUAUGGUUCUGACUUUUAAUAUUAAUGGUUGGGGAGUUGGGGAGGAAAUUUAUUGUGUUAGCUGCAAAGUCUUAAACAGCAUACAUGAUUUAUUAUUUUUAGGAUUCAUCCAUAUUAAAAUCUCCAAAAACCAACAGUUCACUUUUUUGGUUUUCAGCUACAGUUUCACUAAGUAGUUGGGCUAUGUCAGAAACGUAGUGCACCGGGAGAGUUAGGCAGGCGGUAGAUUCCAGCAACAAUGAUAGUUUUAAUGAAAGGGAUCUCAGUUGUACCAGAAAGGAAAUCAAAGGCAGAAGGGGAGUUAUAGUUUUUUAAAGGAGUAAAUUUUAUGGACUUUUCAACAUAAAUAACAAUGCCUUCUCCUCUCUUUGCUCUGUCAUUUCUAAAACAUGAAUAACCCUGUGUUGCAAUGGCGGAGUCUGGUAUUUUAGUUGUUAACCAUGAUUCCGAGAGCACAAUGAUUUUUGAUUUGUAAUGGGAACACCAGGCUUGCAGUGCAUCCAGUUGAGGGAGUAAGCUAUGGAUGUUGCAGUGCACAAAAGAGAGGCCUUUUUGAGUGGGGAGAUAAGGACCAGGGUUAGACUCCACAUAAUUUGCAAGGGCAAGUAAAAUAAGGAAUAGGAAUUUGGACAUCAUUUUUGUUUGGCCAUAUAGUGAAUAGGAUACUUUAUAAUUUUGUGAGGUGGGGGUAGGAGGACUAUUUUUUCAACGCUCCACCACCACUCAGCAGAGCAGGCCAUGGUGUAUGAUAAUUUGUUUUCCAGUUUGAUGUGUGUGCUUAUGGCGGUAGGGAUGUGAACAAAAUUGAAGUGAGAAAAUGGUUAUUAAGAAUUAAGGGUUAUUAAUAAUUCUAUGUGUAUGAAAUGUGGGCAGUUGGAUUGUAUAGUGUUCCACUAUGUUAAUGUCUUUGCAUCAUUUUUUUCUGCUUGUAGAAUGGAGAGUAGCAGUGGGGGAACCCCUCCCAUGACAAAGGUAUGUAACACAGAUUGUUUUCUUUAAUAAACUCAAAUCUGUGCUUUUCCCAGAGGAAACAGCACCACACAGAUUAAAAUAAAUAAAUAAAGAAGUUGAUUUUGUAAACUUAGUCUUGAAGGGAAAAAAAUUACAGAAAUAACAUGCCACUUUUUUAGAGUUCUUGAAAAUAAAGUACAACUAUGGAGUGACUUGGAAACAAUUAAUAAAUAGAAAAGACAUGUCUGCAGAACCAAUUGUUCAUUAUAUAAUAGAAAAAAUCCUGAAGUAUAUGUAUAGUGCCUUAUUUUGCAUAAUUGGAAGCUUGGACCUAGAGCUGUUGAUCCAAUUGCUACUGUGCUAUAUGAUGUCAGGUGUGUUUAAGGGGUUUAUAAUCUGCAUUUUCUUGCAUUUAUCGAACUCUGGCAUCCAAAUUUUUACUUUCCUUUAAACAAAGCAACAAAAAUACAAAUGGGCAGAAAGAGUAUCCAGAAAUGUAAAGGAAUAGAAUCAUCAACUACAGGACAGUAAUACUGUAAUACUUUUAAAACCUUGCAUUAAAAAAAAAUGAAAUGUGUACUUUCAUAAACUAGGGUAGGAGGGAACUCCUGUAAACUCUAAACCAGGGGGACCAAAAGGUAGACCCCCAGAUAGUGUAGAACUACAACCUCUGUGAUGCUUUGCAUGCCUUUAGAAUGCCUUUAGAUUGACAAAGCAUCAUGGAAGCUGUAGUUUUUAAAACAUCUGGGGAUCUACUUUUCAGCACCUAUGCCUUAAAGCCCUUCAGCAAGCUAUCCUGUUAGUCGUUGCAUAUUUAGAUUUUUAUUUUUAUUUUUAAUAAUAAAUCAAAAAAAAAUCUAAUAAACUAAGGAAACUGAAAAAUAUUUGUAUUUUUGGGGUUAUUUGUUUGGCAAUGUUUGGCAUGUCCAAUACAAAAAAAUGAACACACUCGCCUGAUUAAAAAAAAUCUAAUUAGUAUAUUAAAUAUUUACAAAACAGAUCAACGUUUCGACCUUACUGUCUUUAUCACGUUAAUAGGUCGAAACGUUGAUCUGUUUUGUAAAUGUUUAAUACACUAAUUUGAUGUUUGUCGUAUUGGAUAUAUAUAAUAUAUAAUAAAAGAGGUAUAAUCACAUACUGCAAUACUCUGGUUAUUUUGGCAUCGUAUCUGGAGACAAAUAUAUGUAUAUAAUGUCUUUUAUUUCUGGCACACAUUCUAGAUUGUAAGUUUGGUUGAGUAGAUUUUACAGAUGACAUAUUUUUUAUUUUUUUAUUUUAUUUGUUGUAUUAUAUCUACACUGUAUGACUGUACAUUGAUGCAGAAUGUGUUAAUUCUAUCUACAUGAUAGUGAUAAUCAUCCAUUCUAUCACUAGACUCAGAGCCAAGGAAACCUUUUUACCGGCUUAGAGGAGGAUCAGACUGGUAACUCUUACACCAUCCAAGCACAUGACAAAGGUAUGGCCAAUCUGUUGCACAAUCACUCACUUCCUUUUGUUUAAUUGAUUUUUUCUUUUAAAAAACUUAAUGUGCAGAGUCCAUUGCAUUCUGUUUUUCAGAGGAGUUGCUUUCACUAUAGCUCUUAUAAUACUGUACCCUAUUUAUUAUUCCUACAUACAAUCUUGCCAACUACUUUUCUUCCUUGAUGUCCACGUCCAGGGGUUUGAUCCAUGAAAAUAAACAUUAUUCUCUGCGACCAGUAAUUUCAACAUGUGUAGUACAAAUGUUUCGGAUAAUGUCUACACUCAGCAUUUCAAAAAACAUUCAAAGAGAACUGAAAUGAGCAUUUCUGCUCUGUACUAUUUUGAUAGGUUCUGUAAGAUUUACCAGGAAACAUUUAGAUAUUUGGGAGAAAAUAUGCCAACUGUAUUGUUGGUCUGAUAUAUUCCUGGACAAUUUUAUUGAGCAUGUGUUUAAAGCUGCAAGUCUGACUUUAUAAGUUAGCUGAAUGUUCUGGGCAGAUUUUCAACUUUUCUUGUGUUUUGUUUUAGUGCCUUAUGAUAUAUAUCGAGCAGACCACUCUUACGUUACUGCUAUGUUUCCAGUAAAUGCCACAGUACAAGAAGUGAUAUCAUCUUUCAUGACAAAGAACGGAUACCACAGAGAUCAAACUCUAGUAAAAGUAAACUCAAGUGGUGGUAAGUAUGUGCAGUGUAAAUUAUUGAAAUUUAAAUGGGGACGCUUAUGUGUUGCUUCCCCUUUACCAAAAAAAAAAAAACGUGCAAUGUUUGGCCUUCAAAUAAAUGGUAGACCAGCUUGACAGAUGCUCAGAGCUUAAGGUUUGUGAUAACAACAUGUCAGAGUAACCUGAUCACUGUAGAUCAGUCAGACUGUGUGCUAAUCUUUCGAUGGGUAACGUUUUGAUCUAUUGGGAGUGCAAAUCUUUCUCUACCUUUUCAUAUAUUUUUGUAAAAGAAUUAUUAAGACAUUUUUUUAAUAAGCUACUCUGAAAACACAGUCGCACACAAAAAACAAACCACAGCAUGGUGACCACAUAACGUAAAACCAUAAGCAUGGUAAUUUUAUGGCGAUGGUGAGUAAUUUUUCCUUUACUUAUAAUGAUGAUUUGCUCCCGUGGCUUUCAUUUCUGGUGAACUGGCGUGCUUUAAUAAAAAUAAAUAAAUACAAAACUAUGUAGAUAUUACUGCAAAACAAAAGAAAUGUCAGCUGUAUUUGAAAAGUUCAGUUCUUUGUAUCUGUUUUAUGACCGUUCAGUUCACUCCAAUAUAGGUUCUAAUUACUGUUCUCUUUAAAUAAUGGUGGUGAACAUAGAACUUUGGAAACUAAAUCCAUUUGUGCUGAUCUCUUUGUAGAAAAAGUCUGUCUGAAACACGAGGAUAUAGGUGUCUUCACGUCUCUGGGAGUCAAUGAGAGACUUUUCAUCUGCAGUUCUCAAGAAUUAUCUACUUUGGUGAGUCUUUAAUGGUUUCAUAUAGAGAAAUAUACACUAAUAUGUGAUUAUGGAAUACGGAGCCCCAAUGGAAAUUCAUCUUUUUUUGCCAUACUACACCAAUCCUACCAUGGAGAUGCCAGCUGAAACUUUCUCAAUGUAUUGAGAUGAUGCAUAGCACACAAAAUCCAUCUUUUACAGAUUCAUCUGGUAUUGAUAAUUGUGGAGAAGGGCAUAGUGGAGUUUGUUAGAAGAGGUUAGUUCUACAAGAUCAGAUCAUCUAUUAAAGUUUGGAAAGUGUCCUAGUAUUAUACUACCAUUAUUAACAUCGAUAUUACUGUAGCGAGUCCAGAUUUAUGGCAUCACUGCGUAAAUUUUAUUAAAAUACACGCUGGUUUUCUCUGAAUUACCCUCUUUUAGAUGCCUCUUCCUGAACAGCUGGGGCCAAACACUAGCAGCGAUGAUGUCCUGGACCUUAUUAGCUCCAAAGAUCUUGCUAAUCAGAUGACAGAAAAUGACUGGAACUUGUUCAAGAGUAUCCACCAGGUAUUGUUACUACAUAUUAUAGUAUAUAUUAUUUAACAUAUAGUAUUGGUUUUUAUUGUUACUAUAUAUGUCCUACAUGUGAUGUAGCAAAUCUACGUGUAGAGAACAGGACACAAAUUAUUUCUAUUAUUACCAUUUAAUUACAGUGUUAUCUUAAACUGAUUUUCAUAUAUGGAUAUCGCAAUGUGCCAAAAUCUAAUGAGCAGGGAGGAGAACCUCUGCUUUAAGAAUUUAAAAUGUAUGUUCUCGAAAAGCAGAAGAUGAAUAAUAAGAAUGAAUGGAAAUAUGCUUUAUAGUAGCUGUGACUGUAUCUAUCCUAACUAGAACCAUGUAAUCGGUCUCUUUAUUGUAUUGCUCAUCCAUUUGAUUAUUUAAAAAUGCAUGAACAGAAAAAUGAUACAAUCUCCAGCAUUACAGACAGAUAAUCUCUUACACUAUGGUCUCAAUUUAUUAUUGUUGAAUAAACAUUAUUUUUUUUAACAUCUUAAAUUAUCAAAAAAAAUCAUUCAUCGAUAAAACAUAUAUCAAUAUAGCAAAACAUAUCAAAAUAUUACAACAUUUUUAUAUUUUUCAUAAUAUUAAAUAAUUUCAAAAGUUAAUCCAGUAGUAUUAAAUUAGUCGGAAAGCUUAUCCAACAAUAUUAAGUGAAGGCCUAUGUUAUAAUUUACCUUUUCUCUAUAAGGCUGAUAUAUACAUGCUUUAACCAGACCAGACCAUCCCGUAGAUACCUAGGGGUCCAAACUACCAACUUAAACUAUACAAACCUUAGUUACUGGGCUCAUUUUUAUAAAAUCUACUUUUAUAAUACCCUCUAUGCUUUGCCAGCUGUAAAAAGCCCCAAAAUAUUUAUCUGCCGCAGAUUCUAUUCAAGCAUUUUAUAGUGCUGUUUUAUAUAAACCACUGAGCUUCCUCAGUAAGUUGUACUGUUUAUAUUUACAUUUUAUAUAUAUAUAUAUAUAUAUUAACAUUCCAUGUAUAAUACUUUAACCCCUUAAGGACACAUGACAUGUGUGACAUGUCUUGAUUCCCUUUUAUUCCAGAAGUUUGGUCCUUAAGGGGUUAAAAGAAUAUACAAAUAUUUGAAAUUUGAAAUACAGUGUUACUAAGGUGCAAAAUAAAUUCAUGCAGAAAAAGAAAAACAAGAAAAGUAUGGGUUUUCUUCACUAAUCACUAAAUUGUAGAAAAUUAAAAAUCAGACUGUAAAUUUCAGGCAAAAAUAACUGAUUUUUAAUCAUCCUCUAACUCAUGUACAGUUGCAGGUGGCUAAUUUAACCUUGAUUUUGCAGUGUGAUAUUUAGUUAACUACAAGUCAUCGAUUGGUGAAUAAAUCACAUUUGUGGAUUUUUCCCUUAUUUUUUUUCCUAGGUAGAACUUCUUUACCACACAUUUGGUAAGCAAAAGUUCCGUAAUGCAACUACAGCCAACCUUGAGAGGUUUAUGAAGCGUUUUAACGAAGUACAAUUUUGGGUGGUCACUGAGGUGUGUCUGUGCCAAGAUGAUGAACGGAGAACACAAUUGCUAAGGAAGUUUAUCAAGUUGGCAGCCAAGUAAGUAAAUUAGUAAAAUAUAGUAAUUAAAAAUCAGGUUUUUAUAUUUUCCCAUGAGUUUGUACACGUUUUCCACCUGGGCAUAAAAGGUGUUGACUACAUCUAGCCUACCUUGUUACAUUUCAUUCUAGAAUUCCCUAACCUCUGGUGCGAUCACAACUGUUUAAGGAUGAUCUUUGACCAUUUCUUGUUUUCAUAUGGAAAAGAAAAAUGCCUUUCUAUAACUCUUACCAUUUUCCAUUGUAAUUCAAUAUAAACAUAAAUGAUAUAAAUGAUAUAUUCUGCCUCUUUAAUUCUGUGUUAGGACUGAAAACUAAAAGAUCUCCAUGUAACGCUAUCCCUCGCUCAAUUUUCAGCCUUAAGGAACAGAAGAAUUUGAAUAGCUUCUUUGCUGUGAUGUUCGGCCUUAGUAAUACAUCUGUGAGCCGCCUAUCUAGGACCUGGCAGGUGAGCAAAUAGAUGAUUGGACUUGAAAAAUGUGGAGUGGGGUUUUCUGCAACUGUUGGCCUAUCAACUGACUAUAACUUAAAAACAUAUUUAUAUCAGGAUUUCUGGUGAAAUAGGCUAGCUAGCUGGGAUGUUGUCUACAGAAGGGAAUUGUCAUUUUAGCUGUAAGAUCUAACAUAACACCUCUUGUAGCUUAUUUUCUCAAGAAACUGUCUAUUGAAAAUUAUAUUUGAUACCCUUUUAAAAUAAAUUUAAAAAAAACAAAUUCUAAUUCAACAUUUAGAACACCCAAACAAAUACAUAAAAAUUAACAAUAUUAAUUUUAAAAAAAAACUAACUUAAAUGUGCCCAGAAUCUACAGAGAGCUCUCAGGCAAUCCUGAUGUCUUUAUUGUGCUUGUAGAAUAGCGAUAUACAGUACAGGUAUCUUUGGAAAAUGGUAAGGUAAAUGGAAGACCUGGAUGUGAGUAAGGAAACAUUGUGAAUAAAUACAUGAAUAUAUUACAUAAUAUAUUAUAUAUAAUAGCAUAUGAAAUUGGGUUACUCCUUCACUCAUUAUCCAUGUGUGUUAGACUUCUGACACUAUAAUUAAUAUGCUGUCCAUUUCAGAGGCUACCAAACAAAACCAGGAAGCUGUAUUCUAUUUUAGAAAGACUAAUGGUAAGUGAUUUCGUAAUAACAUGCUAUACUUACGUAAUAACAUGCUAUACUUACUGGUAUCAGGCUAGUUAGCCAAUAUAAAUUCCUGAUUUGGCUACACAUCAUUGUCCACAGUGGAAAUUACAUUAAUGGAUUGCACACUUGGGAUUUUUUUGUCUUUAGUUUCUGAAUUAAAAACCAAAGAAAAAAGGUACCUGCACACUAUUCCAAAUCCCUAUGCAUAUUUAUUAAAUAGAGGUUUUAAGUUCCACUCCAGUGGCCAUUAGAUGUAAGCUUCCCUGCCACGUCAAGGCAAACCUCUCUGGUGGGUCCUACACUAACAAUUCACCUUGCUUGCUUCAGCUUACGGCAAAAAAAAUAAAAAAUCUCUAAUGAGACAGAGAGGGGUAUUUGUUUAAACCCCUGCAUACUUAUUAAACCUUAAUAGGGAACACAUGGGCUGGGCGGCAGCACUAUAACAUGGCUGUGUGAUACAAAAGGUAAAUACAAAUACACAAAAACAAGUCCUGCGCUCAAUCUCCCACCAUUCCUGGGCGGCAGCAAUGACCAUAGUACACAUCAGCCACAUAAGGGGCUGAUGUGUACUAUGGUCAUUGCUUCCGCCCAUGGGUAUUGGGAGUUUGAGCACAUGACUUAUUUUUUUUUUUUUUUUUAUUCUUUAUUUUUGUUAUGCAGGUGAGUACAAGGCGCAUACAUACGCCACAACAGAGUAUAUUUAUGGUUAAACAUAGGUUAAACUGUGGCAUGGAAAAAUUUGCACAUUUUUGUUUUAAAUAACAAAGUAAUCUAGGCACACAUGUUCAAGUGAUAACAAUCCGUAUGAGAUCGAACGUGCUUGCAGCAUCCUGACCGCCUUGGUAUUUAGAGAUUGUACUUAAGAAUAAUACAGUAACAUGGUAUAAACAGUUGCACCAGUCUUCGAUUCUGUGCCAUGAUGACUAAUGUAUUUAGAUAAUCAGGCAUUAACUAUAGCGAUAACAAGCUAUUGAAUAAACUGUCACAUUUUUGUCAUGAGUGACUUCAUAGACAUGUCCUAGGAGGACAAAGCAAUAGCUCUUAGUCUGCACUUUUUUGUUACUUAUGCACCAAGUGCCACUGCUGGUGUGUGGAAGAAUAACAGGGUGAAACUGGGGGUUAAGUACGGUUUGCAUAACCUGGAUUAGAUAAAGGGACCUAUGCCUAUAUGUACAUGCUCGGGGACGAUGCCAUUGUAUGCUGAGUGGAUGAAACCGCUAAGCUAUGCAGAGAGUGGAUGUACAUUUAUAAGCUCAAUGUUGGUUGUCAGUGAGGGAACACAUAAGAUGCACAUUAAAAUUAAGAUCCAGACAGGGAUGACAAAGUGGAAUGUAAGUGGUUAACCUGGAAUACUCUUGAACUGGGGAUUACUAAAGAGCAUGUUAAGCUUGCAUUCAGCUACCAUAGUUAUGGCAUGUAGCUUAGUGCUUGACUUGGUUGUCAGCCUACCCCCAUCAUAGGGAAUUUACUGUCCCACAGAGCAUGGGCUUGCAAACCCACAGCCGGAGGUGGUAGCUGCUGAUCUCGCUUGUGCAGGUGCCUUUCUCCCUUCUCCUCGGCUCUCUGCUUGUCGUUCAUGUGUUUCAAGGGGUUGUAUGGCUGUGGAGCUCCACGGCUCACCGCUUGUCUGCUUAUUGCCUUUCGUUGCGCGGCUUGUUUUGCGGCACGUGGGCGCUUCCUCCGCCGUCUCAGGCGUAGCGGGCCUCUGGCGAGUGCUGUCGGGCUGCUUGGUGUGUGACAGGUAGGUCGCAUAGGAGUUAUCACGGUCUCGUGUAGUGUCUGCUUGGCCCUUAGCUUCUCCCAAAAUGCUUCGAUGAGGGCAUCCAGGCGCUGGAGAGUAGUGGAUACCACUCCUCCUUGGGUGAGGGCCACCGCGGCGUCCGCCAUCUUAGGGAGACCUUUGGCGGUAAUGUCGGCUUCUAAGGUACUGCCGUGGCUCCUUGGUGGGUCACGAGAGCCUGCCGGGUGGGGACCGGGAUAACCCCCACCGGUCCAAAGGGGGGGGCAGCGGGGUAUCAGUAGCUCGCUUGGGGCUCCGGCAGCGCCUGUCCGAGAGAGCGGCCGCCUCUCCCCCCCAGGGCGCCCACUAGGCCCCAUUGCAUCUUGGCUACCAGAUCGCUUGAGAGGGCUGCAGGGUGUGUUCCUCGGUCCCUCUGUCAUGUCGUAGGACUGAGAGGGGGUAUCAGGCUUAGGUAUAGUCGCUGGAUUAGCUCAGGAUCUCAGUUUGUACAUUACGUUCCAGGGAGCUCCCCAGAAACACGUCUAGUCACCAUGCUGGUCAGGCCCCGCCCCCCCACAUGACUUAUUUUUGUGUAUUUACUGAAUUAAACCCAUUUCAAGUAGUGCAUUUGUAUAUACAAAAUCAAUCAUUGCUAAAUGAAUUGCGUCGGUAUAUGCCGGAAAUGAGUUAGAGGGCAUUUACUUCUCACAUAUUUACAGUACAUGUAGAAAGCAAGGAAAAAAAAUAUAGAAAAUGGCGCUAGAGGAUAAAGUAAAUAGUAAAUAAAGUAAAUAGAAGGUGCUGCUAUACCCAAGUAUAUCACCACUAUAUAUACUUAGAAAGAAUACAAUAAAACAUAAAAAAGGUAAAAGCGCACACUUAAACAAGGAGGUUUUUACCUGACGUGUUAUAAAUAACUGGUAAGAGGUAACUCCUCCUUAUAUGCAAUAUGUAUAUACACUGUGGAUAUUGCCUAUACAGAAAAUACAAACACAAAAGAAAACAUAGUGUGGUCUGUAUAUAAAAUACAGUAAGAAGGAAAUUAUGAGCUGAAAUCACUCACACUUUUCUGAGCUGUUUAAAGUAGGCUCGGGACUUAUGUAGCUUUAUAUGUCACUUUAAAUGGGACAUACGCAUUCCUUCACUCUUCAGGCAAAUCCUUCAAUGUUCUCAGUAAUCAUCUGAUGAGAAGUUGGAGUCAGGAGCCAGGAAUAUCAGGAUACAUAAAAAACAUUUAUUUGUAUAAAAACAAAUAAAAACAAAUAAAAGAUAUUGCACAACGCGUUUCAACCAUAAAGUGGUCUUCCUCAAGUCCUGUUCAAGGUUACAAUGAACCUGCUACUACAUAUAUAGGGCUUCACAUAAAGUAAUAAUUACAAACAUUAGCUACACAUGUAGCACUAAUUAAAUUGCAGUUACCUUAUAUGGUCCGAACCGGAUGUGUACUGCCACCUCCAAUAUGGCUCCACAUCCGGUUCUGAAAUAUACUCUUACCUUAUAUGGUCCGAACCGGAUGUGUACUGCCACCUCCAAUAUGGCUCCACAUCCGGUUCGGACCUUAUAUGGUCCGAACCGGAUGUGUACUGCCACCUCCAAUAUGGCUCCACAUCCGGUUCAUGUAGAAAAGUUCAAAGCAUUGAAUUAAGAAGUAUCACACAAAAAUUAUUGCAUAUACUAAAAAGAAGAAGAAGGCAAUUAACCCUUUAAGAACACAUGAUGGAAAUUAUCCACUGGCCUUUUACUUCUGAAACUUUCCUAAAGGGAUCAAAUUAAGGAUUUACCCUUGUAGGGGACUCCCUUCUGAAGUACCUAGGUUGAACUGGAGGUCCAGUUGUGAACAAUGUGAGAAAAGCUGACCAUCAGUGAGUCUAUCACUCCAAGUUCAGUAGUCUGGUCAAACAUCCAUUGCCUCGACUGAUAACCCCCAGCUGUCUUCCAGUAUUUCCCAGUCAGUAACUAUUCAUUUUUUCAUAAUAUAUGUAUGCAAAUGUCUAUGUGUAUGUGCUUAAGUACAUAAGUAUGUUGAUACAUUCUUACAUUUCCUAUACAUGCAUUGAAUGUAUUUUUUUACUCUGACAGGACCCUUCGUGGAAUCAUAGAUCUUAUAGACUUGCUGUUGCAAAACUCAGCCCUCCCCUCAUCCCUUUUCUCCCGCUCAUUCUGAAAGGUAUGAUGGCAUAUUUUGGAUUGAUGUAUUGAAACGCACUAUGGCUGUGGAAUGGAAUGCAUUGUAAUUGUAUUUAUAUGAAUACAUUAAAUGGUAACACCGACUUGGUGAAAUGUCAUUAGUGGAACUAAUGGAAUUUCACCAGUCAAUGACCAGUCAAUGACCAGUCUAUAUUUACAUAUUUAUUUGGAACAAGUAAUUAAUCAAAUGAAAGUUAACUGAGGGAUUGCGUUCUGCUAAAUGCCAAGCUAUGUUAAGCAUGUUUCUCAAUUUUCAAGUUUAUCCUGUGGUAAAUAGACCUGAUUAAAAGCAUCCCAAAGAAAUAGGACACACCUUGACAAGUAUAGAGAUAUGGGUAAUUCUUUGUAUGUCUACCUAAUUCCGGUCUCUGAUUUGUUUUCUAGAAAGGGGCCAUUGUAUAUUUCGGCUCACUGCAGAUUUUCUCAUUCUGUAUCUCAUCCUCAUUUUAGCUUGAUACCCUUAUACACUCAUCAGCUACAAUAUUAAACACACUUGUUUAAUAUUGUAUAGGUCCUCCUUGUGCUGCCAAAACAGCUCUGAUGCAUUGAGGCAUUGACUUCACAAUACCUCUGAACAUGUCCUGUGGUACCUGGCACCAAGGCAUUCACAGCAGACCAUUUAGGUCUUGCAAGUUGUGAGGUGGGACCUCAGUGGAUUUGAUUUGUUGUUCCAGCACACCCCAGAAGGUUGGGAUCUGGGGAAUUUGGAGGCCAAGGCAACACCUUGAACUCUUUGUCAAGUUCUUCAAACCAUCCAUAAUCAAUUUUUGCAGUGUGGCAGGGUGCAUUAUCUUACUGAAAGAGGCCCCUACCUUCAGGGGACACCAUUGCCUUAAAGGGGUGGACUUGGUCUGCAACAAUCUCUAGGUAGAUGGCACAUGUCAAUGUAACAUCCACCUAAAUGCCAGGAUCCAAGGUUUCUUAGUAGAACAUUACCCAGAACAUACUGCCUCUGCUGGUCUGUCUUCCUCCCUGUCAGGAUUACUGUUUGAUCCAGCACGUAGAACUGUACAGCACGGAUGACAAAUAAGUAACGUAUUACCGGUCCUUAGAAUGGCCGGAUUUAACGUACAAAGAAUAGUCAAAAAUACUAGCCGAGGUCAGGGAACACAGAAAGGGACACAGCGAUGAGGAAAGCCAGGAGUCAGGAUACCAGAAUAUAGAGAAGUCAAUAAACAAAGCCAAAGUCAAAAACCAGGUAGAAAACUAUAAACAGGAACGCGCUCUCAGACAACCACAAGGGAAACCACGACAGGGCACUGAGCAGGCUGAGAACUGGGCCUAAAUACCGCUCCUUUAGUUCUGAUAGGCUGUAACCGGCCUUUGACCCCAAAGUCAGUUACCAGGUUUCAUUUGCAUAAUUGCUGCUCAGCAUUAACCCUUCUGUGGAUUAGGUUGCUGCUCGGCACAACUAAAGAUGCAGGAAGAGCCAGAGAGUAAGACACUGGAUUGAUCCUAUGAAGCACUCUAUAGGGACCAAGGAAUCUGGGGGCAAACUUCAUGCUAGGGACCUUAAGCUUGAUGUUGCGAGAUGACAACCAAACCCGGUCCCCCCACUUGGUACACCGGGUUGGCACUCCUACGCUUAUCAGCAAAAUGUUUGAAGCGUUCAGCAGCAGCCCCUAGAGCAGUUUGAACCUUAACCCAGGUAUCCCGAAUGGAGGCCAGACGCUCAUCCAGAGCAGGAAUGGCAGUAUCAGAAAAUACCGCAGGGAGAACCGUAGGAUGCCUACCAUUAUUGACAAAAAAUGGACUGUGCCCAGAGGAGUCAUGAACAGCAUUGUUUCUAGCGAACUCGGCCCACGGGAGUAGUUCGGACCAAUUGUCUUGUGUGCUAUUAAUAAAACAACGCAAAUAAACUUCUAAUGACUGGUUAGCCCUCUCAGCUGUACCAUUGGUCUGUGGAUGGUAGGAGGAGGAGAAGGAGAGAUCAAUCCCCAAUUGUUUACUGAACGCCCUCCAGAACCUGGACACAAACUGAGAGCCCCUAUCAGACACAAUAUUGUGGGGAUGCCAUGCAAACGGACAAUUUCACGUAUGAAAAUUAGGACCAAAUCUUGCGAAGAUGGCAACUUCUUGAGAGGAAUGAAGUGAGCCAUCUUAGAAAAAUCGGUCUACAACCAUGAGAAUAGUAGUGAACCCAGCAGAGCUAGGAAGCUCAACAAUAAAGUCCAUGGAUAAGUGGGACCAUGGAAUCUCAGGAACAGGAAGAGGCUGCAACAGGCCACAAGGAAGUGCAUGAGUCACCUUAGAAACUGCACACAUAGAACAUGCCUGCACAUACUCCUUUACAUCUUUCCUGAGUGAAUCCCACCAAAAUGAUCUAGUGAUCGCUGCAGUGGACUUAUUGAUGCCCGGGUGUCCAGCAGUUAUAUUGUCAUGGAACACUUUCAUGAUAUUAACCCUUUCACAUAGGGGAACGAACAGUUUAUCACAUGGUUUACCACUGGGCGCCUGAGGCUGGGCCUCCAGUAUGGUGCCAAGCAGUGGAGAAGACAGUGAGAGGACAGUAGUAGCAAUAAUACACUCUGCUGGAAUAAUAGGAGAUGUCAUCUGUUCCGGAGCUGACUCAUUAUCAAAUUGCCUGGACAAGGCAAGGGAAACCACGACAGGGCACUGAGCAGGCUGAGAACUGGGCCUAAAUACCCCUCCUUUAGUUCUGAUAGGCUGUAACCGGCCUUUGACCCCAAAGUCAGUUACCAGGUUUCAUUUGCAUAAUUGCUGCUCAGCAUUAACCCUUCUGUGGAUUAGGUUGCUGCUCGGCACAACUUUUCCUGUGUGGACAGUAAAUGUCAUUAACCACAUUUCUAUAAGCGGAUGAAUAUGUGACACUCCCAUAAUGUAUUCUGCUGCCAUCUUCAGGUAAAUGAUGUAUAUAAACACGACUAUCCAACAGACCAAGCAACCUACUUCCAUUGCUCCUUGGUCUAGUUCCGAUGCUCACGUCCAGCUCUGGCCCAGUAGUCUAGCCAUCUCUAUCUGGUUCUUGUCAAAGUCACUCACAUCUAUUCUCUUGCCCAAUUUUCCUGCUUCCAACAAAUAAAAUUCAAGAACUGACUGUUCCCUUGCUGCCUAAUAAAUUCCACUCCUUAACAGGUGCCGUUGUAAUGAUAUAAUCAAUGUUAUUCACUUCACCUGUCAGUCAGUGGUUUUAAUAUUUUGGGUGAUCAGUGAAUUAGAUUUAAUGAAACAAUCAUUUCUGAAUGUGCCCCCAACGCUAAAGAUGUGUACAUCAUUUAAAGAUGUUCAGAAAACAAGCAACAAACAACGGGGCAAUGGCUGGAAAGAGUGGACGAGAUAUACACAGCGGAGUCGGUGCAGGCAUCGCUCCUGGGUACCAAGGAGAAACAUGUGGAGAGGCGGCGGCCGUGGCUGGCCUAUUUGGUGGGGCGGGACGCGAGGAUGGGUUGAGACACGCAUACAUAAAGGAAGAUUUGGAAAUUUCUACCCUGCCAGCGAGACCCCCCCGAUACACGAUCCCAGCCGAAAGCGCCACUGGCAGGUGGCCCAGCUGUGGGCCUCCCCUCUUCCCCAGUCCUCCCUGUCAACCCCUCCUUACUUCAGCUACACCCUCUGCCCUGAACCAUGCACACUCAUUCAUACUACCCAGUCCGACCGGUGUUUAAAGGAGCCUCUCACAGUAGUGAAGACCGACGGCCACUCCGUACACCUAUGAGCCGCAGAGCACUGCCUCUGAGUGAUCAGUAUAAUAAUGAACGGGUACUCCCUCAUAACAAUUUCACCCACAAGGGCUAACUACUGAGAAAGACCACAUACCCUAAACAAGCAACACAGACUCCGAUUAAGAAUAGACCACCCCGCCGGAGGGGACCAGCAGGACUGACUUGUGCAGUUUGGCUGGCACCACGCAUGCCAAGGUGGAGUCAGUAGGUAACACAGCAAUACAUUCCAGAUUCAUAAUAUUUUGAACACCCCCAAGGAUAGGGGACCUCGCAAACUGUAGGCGGAUGGGUUAGUCCCUUACCCCCUCUCACCUUUCUCUCUCUGUUCCCUACCUCUCUUCUGCCUCACCCUCUGUCCUUUCUCUCUCUAUGUUCCCAUACUUGCUUGCUCCCUACCCAGGUAAGCAGGCAGGUAUCUUUCUGAUAACAGACUAUGUGACUAACAGCUAUUCCAUUUACCCACUGUUGUAAGAUACUCACACUGUUCACAUGGCUAAAAUUUUAUUACAAUGCAUAUGCCGUUAGUUUCCUGCUUCAUGAAAAAUUGUACAGUUGAGUACUCUGUAUGCGAUGACCAUACUACUCUCACGAGCAGGACCUGCGCGUCCAACCCAAUUAUUGCACGUCUCUGCAUGUCCAUUUUGUUAUUUCUUCUGCUCAAUAAACAGCUUUGAAACUAGAGAUGUUCAGAAGCCCUUGUACAUACAGGUAAAGGUUCCUGUAUAAUGCAGAGUGAGAAUGGGAUAAUAUACAGGUUUUUUCAUCUGGCACAUUGAUAUUGACCCUAAAAAAUGUCUGACUCAUUCUUUACGUCAGUGUCUUUUUUUUUCUUGCAGACCUGACUUUUCUGCAUGAGGGCAACAGAAGCACUCUGGACAACCUUGUGAACUUUGAGAAAAUGGUAAUAUAAUGAGAUGCUGAUCACACCUAAUUCAACCAAUAUUUUAAAAUAUUAUAAAAUAAAUGUUGUAUAUGUAGUUUAAAAUGAAAUGUUACAUAAGUCACAACAUUUCCAAAAGUUUGAGACACGUCUACUUGGAAAGAAGUUACCUAUUAAUUAAUUACUCCUUUAUGGAACAUAAUGAAGUCCUGUGGCCAAGUGUUCUGUAAUACUUUGAAGAUUAUGUAUAUAUAAAAAUGUCUACAUUUAUUUAGCGGUUUAUCUAAUUUAUUAAACUGUACAGGAGAAUUUUCUUUCUGGGGAUUCUGUUUUGGAAAAAAAGGCUAAAAAGCUAAAUAUCAAUGAAGUAUAUAAAGUUUAUAAAAUUACAUUUUUAAAAAAGGUUUAUUUGUGAGCAGCUGUUAUGCUUUUUUCCAUAAACCACAAUUGCACUGUGUUAUUCCUUUUGGGCAGAAGAGGUCACUGUGAAGGCCUCUCAUUGUCAAUUUGUAUUAUUGUAUUUCUAAUAGUGCAGUAAUGCCCCCUACAGACUUUAAAUGGUACAGCAAUCAAAUAGUUUUAAUCAACACGCUGUUGUCAUGAAACUGUGUUUUGCAGGCUCAUCAAAGAUAAAAUAGAUAGUAGGAAUGUUUUAAGCAUUAAACUAAAAAUUAUUUAUGCAUUUUAAAAAAAAAAAACUAAAUACAUUUUAAUAUUUUUUGUCUUUUACCUGUCAGCGUAUGAUUGCAAAGAUUAUACAAACAUUUCACAUGUGCCGGAGCCAGGUUUACAGUGAGUUUUAUUAUCUAUAAUUAUUGUAUUUCCUUAAUAAAUUGCAUACUAUAUAAAACAACAAAAAAAAAGUCUCAUAUGUUAGCGAACAUUUAUACAGUUGUGAUUCUUAAGCAGAUUUUCCAUAACAACCAUUUAAAACCAUUUGUUACUUGAAAAAACAGUUUUCUCAGUGUUUAACUUCUUUGAACUUCCCAUAUAUAUUAGUGUAUAUUUGUAAAUGAAUUAGAUAUAUGAAGAUAUGGUAAUUUGUCUCUAAAGUCAGAGAAUCACAAUGGGCACCUGUUUUGCUAAUUAUUGGACAACAAAUAUUUUGCCCCUACUAAACUGUUAUACAUAUUAUUAUUAUUUUUUGUAAUUAUGGAGAUUUUUGAAUUUGGUUUAUGUAAUCGUUUACAUACAUUUUAUAGUAAUUAGCAUAAAUGAGCAUCCAUCAUUAACGAUACAUAAAAAAGAAGAAAAAAAUAGAGCAAGAAAAGGGAGGGAUUCCAGAAAUACAAGGAAUGAGCAACAAACUGGGUUGUAUAAAAUUAUUUUAAACUUACUUCAUUUGAGAUACACUGAUUCUAAAGAGAUAAGUACAGACAAUAACAACAAAGAUUAAUACAUAUCGCAUUGUACUGGUUACAGUACGGGGGUUAUUUUCCACUGCGGACGUAAGGAUUUGCAUGUGUCAGUUCAUAAUUAAAAAAGAUAACAUUGUAUUAAACACGUUGGAACACAGUGGUCACUGCAGAAGUAAAAAUUAUCACUGUUUCCGUAACAUACUUUUUAGUUUAAAAGUUGCAACCUUCUAUCAAUUGUUACUGUUUCAAAAAGCUCAUUUUUGAUACCGAUUCCUAUAUCGUGUCUGCAUUUACAAUGCUUGACUUCAUUCUAAAACAUUAUAAUUGUGGCUCUGCUAGAUUAUUAUUGCUCUCCACUAUCUGUACUAAUCACCCCUAUGGAAGAAUUGUUUAUCAGAUAACGAUCUAUAAAUAUUUUUGCUCCACAGUUCCGUUGUCACCUUUACGGUCACGUCCUCUACACAUCCUCGAAGAGGCCAACAUGCCCAGGAUAUCUGCCAGUAAGAGUUUAAAUAUUCUUUUCUCAAGGUUAGGUUCAGGAGUUCAAAUGGACAAUUCUACUGCAAAAACUGUUCUAUCCAUUUAUAUAUCAAAUCCAUUACAUUUUUGUAGAAUAGGGCCAAAAGGAGAAUUUAUUCCUCCUUCUGUAGCAAUGCUAUUGUUUUGGUUUUCCAUUGUGAUUAAACUCCCCUGAGUGUGAGACCUUCAUAAUAAUAUGAAGACAUGGAAUCAUAGAUCAUUGGAAUGCUAUUGGGUGUUUGUAUGUAAUUCUAACAUUAGUACUUUCUAUGCUUACUGCAGGUUCAGAGUACUCAAUGACCCUAAGGAGUCCAAUUACAACAUGGGCUUAUAUCCAGCACAUGAAUGUUAUAGAUAACCAGAAAAGGUUAAUGGAGUUAUCCCGCAGCCUGGAGCCUUCUUGA